GGGUAAGCCGUGGUCGUGCACUUGUCAGUGUAACACCGGGGCACCGUGUACGUUGGCGAGUGCGUUUGGGUUUUUUUUUUAAAAAUAAUUUUCUCAAUGGUGUCGUGGGAAUCUUGACGGCAGUCUGUUGUUUGUUGUUUAUAAUAUUAUUAUACGUGGCUAAUAAAUUGUUUUCAUCAUUUUUAUUUUACCCGAAACCGGUACAAUAAUUAUUAGUGUGUUAACUUUAUACCUAAAUAAUGUAACAUAAUUAACUGUACGCGUGAUACAUUUCGCAUCUUUUCCGAGUAUAGUAUUUUAUACAAUAAUAUACACAAAAUAUGGAGGAAGUGUUGAGAUUGCCGGAAAAUAGGUGUAAGAAAAUGGCGCAGACCACCAAGCAAAAGGCGAUCAAGUUCGGACGGAAUCUGAUGGGCAAAAAAGCUGUAAUCACUAAAACCAUCGCGGACAGAUGGCACAUAAGAAAAGGACGUAAAGUCAGACCGUAAGUACCUAUAAUUAUUCCUGUCUAAUAUCUAUUGGCUAUUUUUACGGGUUUUAACCAUUUUUGGAUUUCAUUUUUUCGAUUUAUUUUCUGAAUUUUAUCGAGGAGAAAAUUUAAAAAAAAAAAACCUUCUGACGUCUCCGAGAAGUAUAUUAUUAGAAACCUAUAAAAAAGGUCAAAUUUUAUUAACGACUAUAAAAUACUAGUAGAUACCUAGAGUUAGCUGUGUAGGUACUAUGUUAAAUAAUAUACGAUUUUAGUAAUUUAUUUUAUUUAUUUAUGUGUUUUUGAUAUUUUUCAUAUGACCAAUAUAAACUGAAAUCCAAUGUCUGUAGGUAUAAGUUAUAGACACAGAAUCGUUAAAGGUAAAAAUUAGACUUUUUUUUACUUAUAGUGGGUAGAUACAUACAGUAGGUAUUAUAGUUACUAGUCACUAAAAACUAACGUUAUGACGUACACCUUAGGUAAAACCAAUAGCAACGGAAUCAUCAAACAUUAUGCAAACAUAUUCUAAAUUCUAAUCGAUAAAUUUUAUAAAAUAAAAUCGUAUUAUUUUAGAUUGUAAUUAUUACGUUUAAGAUAUAUAAUGCACUGUAAAUUUCGGAAAAUGUUGUUCUUUUGUGUGCAAUAUAGUGCCUAUAUUGCACCCUCUAAGCAGGUGUUUUGUAACAGCAACAUUCUUUUCAAUAAGCCGGUAAACAGUCCAUGCAGGGUUUUCUUUGUGGUUUCUGAAACCAAGCGAACCUAAAAUUUUCUAGAAAUCCGUGUGCAUUGAAAUAUGUGUUUAAAAACAAACUGAAUACCUAAUACACUGUAGCUGGUGUAAAAAGUUUUAAAACGUUUUUUUGUGUUUGUCGUUUAUGCGGUAGGUAUUGUCGAACGGUUAAAUAUCUAAAAAUUCAAAUGAAUCAUAAUUUCGUGCAAUAAAUGUGCGUUUGAUUGUCACGGCGUGGUGGCGCUAUGAAUAUUAAACAUUUUAUUCAAAUUCGCCAUAUAAUCACGCGUGCACCUGGAAAUUGGCUUGAAUUGUUAUGUAUGUCCAUUGUCUAUAUCAAGGGUGGCCAAACGGUCGAUCGGGAUCGACCGGUAGAUCACGGACGGCUUAAAUGUCAAUCUCCUUUUGUUAGAAUUUAUUUUUUAUAAUUAGUAGAAAAAUCACAAUUACUGAUUAUUUUUAACUUAAUAUAUCAUUAUUUUGUUGUCGAUUAAUCAAGUAAUACAAUUCAACAGAGUUUAGAUUGACAAAUGAAUUUACCAUAUUAUAUUAGUCUUAAUUAUAGUGUGAUGAAAAACUUAUUUAACUAUACAUUUUAGUUUUAUUUUUAAUAUUAUUUGUUAGCUUGACAUACAUGUUUAUUAUUAAUACCUAUUAGGUAAUUUAUAUUUAUAUAUUUUCAUGUAAGUCUCAAAGAAAAAAGAUAUUCUUACAGUAAAUCUCUACCAAAAAAGUUUGUCCACCUCUGGUCUAUAUAAUAUUAUAUAAUAUGUACUAUGUAUUAUAGAUAUACUGGUAGUAUAGAUUAUACAUAAUAUUAUAAAUGAAUAACUGUUAUUUUACAAAAACAAUUAGGUCCCUAUAUUAUAUUAUUAUACCAUUAAACGUAACCAUUAUGUUAUUUAAUUUAUGAUAUACCUAAACCUAAUUAAUUGAUUACUGUGGGACCCGUACUUAGUUUGAACAGCGUUAGGUUGGCACCCAAAUAUCCCAAUUCUAUAACAGCUGCACUAUUCUGCUACAAUAAGCCUUAUUGAAGAAGGGGGUAUAGAUGUUAAACGUAAAUAAUUGAUAACAAAACUAGUGGUGUACUCAGGGGGAAGGAUUAGAUAUAUAUAUAUAUAUCGCUCUUCAGUGGCAUAGUCAGAAUUUUGAAAUAGGGAGGAAGACAAAGACAAAAAAUUACUCAACAAUUAACGAUUUGACGAUAAUAAUUUAAUUUAUUGUUAUAACAAUUGCUAAGGCUUAAAUAUUUCAAUUCGUUAUUAAUAAUUUUGACAAAUCUAAUAAUAAGAGACGUCUAUUUUCGAAGUAAAAAGAUGAAACCAGAUAUAAAGCAAUAAUAAAUAAUAACAUUUGAUGAAAUAAUAAUAAUAAUUUAUUUUUAUUUUUAUUUUUUAUUUUUUAUUUAUUUAAUACGUGCAUGACCCAAAGUACAGUAGAAUUUAAUAAAUAAACACGCAGACAAUUCAGCAAAAGUGAAAAAUGGAACGAGGUAAUGAGAUAUUGGUGGUAUUUAUUAACCAGGUAUUAGUGUAAGAAUGAAAGAUGGACGUUAGCAAGGCGUAUCGUGCGGCGUAUUGUUGGAACAAUAACUGAUAGUGUGCAAAGAGAUUGCAAAAGUAGAGCGGGUCGGACGUGGAGGGACUCGAAAGUUGAUGAGGGAAAGGAGCGAUGAUGCGUCCACAGAACCGCCGAUGAGGUUACGGAGGAACUUCAAAUUAAUGUCAACUUUUCUAUCGGUCAGUAUAGAUAGACCAAGAACGUGGAGAACUGAAGAGUAGUCAUGCAACGGGUCGAAGAUAUUCAACACAUGGCCGGCAUAGGAUAGAAAACGUUUUUGGAAUCGAUCGAAGAUUACAGAGUCGGAGGAUCCCACAAAAUAGAAUCAUACUCAACCAGGGGUCGCACUAAGGAACAGUAAAGAACCAUCAGCGGAGAGGUAAACUUAAAUUCAGACGAUAUUCGUUUUACGAACCUUAGAGUCUUAUACAUCUGACUACUUAUUGAUUGGAUGUGAUAGUGGAAAUUAAGGUCAGAGGAUAAAAGAACCCCCAGAUCUUUUUUACGACUGGUCGAUGCAAGAUUAAUAUUGUUAAUCGAGUAGGUGUGGCUAAUUAAAGUACGAGAUCUGGAGAAGGACAUUGACUGGCACUUGUUCACGUUCAAAUUAAGACUAAUAGCUUUAAACUAAAUAGCUAAUGUUAAGUUCAUCCUGCAACAGGAGACAGGAUUUAUUACUAAUAAAUAAUAAUUAAUAAUACUACGAUUUAAUAUAUCUUUACUUAAUUUAGUAUAUCUUAAAUCAUGAAUAAAAUAUUUUGACACGAUUAGUGGAAUACAUUAGUACAUUGAAUAUUGCUCCUGUGGAGGGGGUAAAUAUUUUUUUUCUUAAUAAUGAAACACAUACAGGUACUAAUAAUUAAUGGUAAACAAAUAAAAAUAUUUACAAAGUUUCUGGGAGUUAAUUAUUAUUAUCAUUAUAUUAUUAAUACUAUUUAGGUAAACAUUUAAAAUACAAAUUCCAGACUCCCUUUUUUAUAACUUGAUAAUUAAACCACCACUUCAUCGGGGGUACUUGAAUACAUUUUGUUUUUUAUGACAGGAUAAUCAGGCCUUGAUAAUCCCACAAUCUUUUUUUUUUCUAUCGUUUAUAAAAUAUACUGUUCAUCUGUGUACAGUGUACGCUUGAACAUUAAUAAUUGUUAUAAAAAGUUGUUAUUUUGACAUCUUGUUUAACAGUUUAAAGUAAAAUAGCUAGGAAUAUAAAAUGAUAGUAAAUCCGUAAUUUUAUAAUCAGAAUAGGUAUAUGCAUUUAAGUAUUUAAUUUUUAACAAAAAUGUAUAAUACACUAAACAUCUAAGGAUUAAAAUAUAAUUCAUAAAUUAUUAUUUAUUGUAUUUAUUUACUUCAAGUUCUGAGUGACUUCAAAGAGUAACAAUGAAACAAUUAAACAAUAAAUAUUUAUUCAAAAUUGUUUUAAUUUUUUUGGCUCAGGAGGGAGGGUAGAAUCCGAUCUACCACGAUUUUUAGCACGAUAAGUAAUAACAUUAGUUUCAAAUAAUGAAUGAUAAAUUGACAAAUGAUUAAUUAUGAUAAUAACACGAUUCACAUUAGAACCACGUCAAUCAUAGACCUUAUAAUAGUCUACUUGUAUAAGGUCUAUAAAGUGUUUAAUUUGGGGGGACGAAGGGAGACUGAGUACUUUCAAAUAAUUUGUUGGAUAUUCUAGUGUACCUCUACUUUUUUUAAAGGAGAACGUAUGAGACGGUUUGUCUCAUGUUUGACGGUAUUUAAGCUUACAUAUUUUUAUAAAAUAGCUCAUCUUAAAUUGUUGUGCUAAAUACAUAUCAAUAAUCUUACAAAAUGUUCUAAUAUUAAUAAAAUGCAUUAAUAUUUCAUAUUUGAUACGUGAUAACUGAUAAGUAGCCAUCAAUGAUAACCAUUCAUUAUUUUUAAAUCCAGGUAACCAGUAACCACUAACUUAUUAUAUUAUUAUUAUUGAACAACAUUCUAUUAUCUCGAUUGUUCUAUGUUUAAGAAAUGUAUUUUAUAUACUCAUCAUUUAAGAUGAAUCAUGAUAAACAUUUUUCGUGCCUUUUAACAAUUUUCUGAGUUUUGAUAUGUAUGAUGACGCCGAUUAAUUUUUUUGUUAGACAGAAGUCAGUACUCAGUAGAUUUUACUCUUUAAUUCUAUUAUGAUUAAAUCUACGAUGAGUCACAAAAAAAACUGCAGGACUCUUAUGUUAUAUAUUUCAUAAAGAAAAAAAUGAAGUAAACCAUGAUAUUCAAUGAUACCUAUUACUUAUUAGAUUAAUACACCUUAGAGGAUAAAAAGAAAUUUACUAUCGAACAAAUUGAUAAGAAUUAAGAGCAAACAUGUAGCAAAUUUUUUAAACUUCUAAAUUUAUACAUAUAAAAUCCAAAGACCACUGACUGAUCGCUGUAUCUCAAAAACUACGUAACGUACGGACUUGAAAUUUGGAAUAUAGGUUCUUCUCAUAUUUUCACCGUGCAAUAAGAAAGGAUUUUCAAAAAUGUUGCGUUUUAGUGAAGUAAUUAACGANGCACGGCGGCCCGCGGGUUUCCAGCUACCUGCAACCUAUCCUUUUUGUUCGUCGUCGUCGUCGUGUAGAUAAGAAUAAUGAUUUCAAGAAUAAAAUUGUUCCGAAAAGUUUAUCGAUAAAAAUAAUCUCAUGCAUCGCGCAUACACCAAUACUCCUAUUUUAUUAGGUUAUUAUGUAUAUUAUUGAUAAUUAUGAAUUUAAGACGGUAAAUGAUAAUACAUGGCGUUAUCUAAUUUGUCACGAAUUUGUUUCCGGGCAACGCCGGGUAAUUCAGCUAAUAAACUAUACAAAUACGUAAAUACGUUAAUACGGCCUAAUGCCCCCACCCCAUAGAUAGGUUUACGUCAAUUAAAAACAAAAUAUAUAUGUAAUAAAUAUCUAAUACCAUUUAUAUAGCUCCAUUAUCUUGUAAAUUCAAAUGUAUUGGAAUUUUUAGUUUAAUUAAAAUUACAAAAAUAUUGAUAGGUAUUUAAUAAAAAAAUUACUUUUAUACGAUAUACAAGUAUGAUAAAAGUUUCAAAAUUUAAUACAUCUUCUUUGAGAAAAUAUUAAAUACGCCACUGCUUAUUUUUUAUUUCAUUUAAAUAGGAAUAAAUUAUAUAAUAUUAUUAAUAAUAACAAAACAGAACUUAUUUAUAAUACAAAAUGUCUAUAACUGGAUCACUCGAUCCAGUAUAUUUCUUGUUAUACCUACUUCUUUAUAUUUAUAACUUACACAUUAUUAUUUCAAGGAUUCAAACAUUCAAAUUUUAAUCCUAUUCGGUGAUUUAUUGUUUUGGGACAUAACGUUUUCUCAAAGUUGAAAGCUAACCUAACCUCACCUAACUAUAAUUGAAACGUAAUCUUUUAUUUUAAAUAAAAAAAACUUGCCAUCUUCGAUGUUAUAUAUUAUUUUAAACAUUAAAAUUAUCAUAAGCCAUUGUAUUUCGAAAAUGAAUAGUUCUGUGUAGAAUUUUUAUAGUAAAAAUAUAUUCUUACUUCAGAUUAUGGUACUUUUGCAUGGUUAGUAAAAUUGUGUUUAAUGCGUUCAAUAAAUGAAAAAAAAAAUAUAUAAUUAUUCUGUUGUUAUUCUAUGGGUUAUCUUGACGUUAUUCGUGCAGGUACUUAUUUAAAAAAAUGAUUUUAUAAAUAUAUAAAUUAUAAACUGAUAAAUAUCAUCACAUAAUAACUAAAAAUAUCCUAAGUCUUAAUUACCUAAUACAGUAAAGACUAUUCUCAUAUUUAAUAUAAUUAUAACACAUAUUAAUAUGUUGUAUCUAUCUUUAGCUAAUUAUUAACGUCAAAUAUAAUUGUAUGAUACUUAAAUUUCGAUCAAUAAGUAAUUAGGUACCUAAAUAAUAUUAAACCGUAGUAUAGAAUAAUAUGUACCUAUAGUAGUAGCCCCUCCGGCUCAACCUAUACCUAUGCAGAGUCGUGUUUAUUAUUUUUACUAGAAGAAGAGUUGUAGUAAAAACCUUUAUGUAGAAGGCGGGCUUUGCCAUCUCCUACUAAAUAUAUUAAUAUUCAGUAUUAAACAUGAAUAAAACUCUCCCCCUCUUCAAGUUUUAAAUAUAAAAUUUCAGAUAACUAAAUUAAAAUAAUUGAUUUUGUAUUUUCGAUAGGGAAGAUAAAAGAAAUAAAUAAACAUUUUAUUUUAUCACAAUUCGAGGUUUUUAGCCAGUUGAGUAGGAGUACGCUCAUAGUUUUUUAAUGGUUCAUUAAAUCAUCUUAAAUUGAAAAUUGUAUUUAUUAUAUAUAUAUAUAUAUAUAUAUAUAUAUAAUAUGACUGUUUUUCGUCUAAAAUUCUAAGAAUAAAAAAAAUUGUAUCGAAAUAAAUUAAUAGAUAUCGAAAUGCCAUGAAUUUACGAUUUUUAUCAACAUUAGAAUUUUAAAUUCUUAAAAAAAAAUCAUAAUUACGAAAUUGUUUGUGAUUUUAAUCCACUAGAAUUAUUUAUGAUGCAUUUCGUGUACAAAUUGUUGAGCAUUUUUAAGAUUCUAGAAACAAUUUUUCUAUAUAAAACGAAAUAAUUUCAAAUAGUUAUAAAUAAAUUUUAAUACUCUAGAGCAGAGGUUCCCAAACUUUUUAUGGUACGACGAUUAAAGAUGAUUCCGAGCGCAGUUCGUUAAUACAUUAUUUGAAGUACCGUAUUUUUUUUAGCGAUUUUCGUUUAAAUUCAAAACGGGUAUUAAAAAAAAAAAAAAGUCGUCCGAUGAUUUCGGAAAUUUUACCACUUCUAGGUAAGUCUAAUAUAAGUAUUAUUAUCAAGUUUCAAGUCUCUACGUGUAUUUAUAACCGAUUUACAGGAAAAAAACUCCUAAAAUUUAAAAUUCCUUAAAACCUCAAAAGUUUUGACGAUGAUACCGUUAGAAAGUAAAUAAAAAAAGGUGUUGUAAUUUUUCGAUUAAAUCAUUUUUUCCUGGUAAAAAACGUUGUCUGUGUUUUUAUAAAAUAAUGAAAUCGUGAAAUUGUACGUUAAUAUAAUGGAAAAUGCAAAUAGAAUUAUGUGUUCUGUAAAUUCAGGUCUCUAUAAUUAUAUUUAACCAAAUUUCCAAAAAAAUACAAAAUUAACCGAUACUGCUGGAGUAUGUGCCAUUAUUGUAGGUGGGAAAUUAAAAAGGUAGAACAUAUAGUUGUUACUUCGAUAAUUUAGUUUAUACUGUAUUCAAUUUUCAAUGAUCAAUCAUUGCUGAUAAAAAAUGAUUCCGAGUGAAGUAUUUUUUGAAUUGCAGUGACUUUUACGAUUUUCAUUAAGAUUUGAACAUUACAAAAUUAUGAGAAAACCCAUUAUAAUUACGCAAAAUUUUUUUUAACAAUUAAGUACAAUUUAUAAUAAACUUGGUGUUAAAUUCUCGAGUAUUUUUGAUGGGUCAAAAUAAUUUUAUUCACAUAAAAUUUAAAAAAAUCAACUAAAAAUUUCAUGUGAUUAUAAAUAGCUUAAAAAUACCCAGAAUCGUUUGAAAAUUGUUGCACAUCUAGAAAGUGCUAAUAUAAGUAUUUGGUAUAAUCCCAGGUAUUGUUGACUUAGUUGAUCAUGUGUAACACUGUAGUAAUAUUUUCAUCAGAGAAAACCGAAUAUAGAUAGGUAAUUAAUUUUUUAUAACUAAAUUUUGAUGUUAUAUUUUACCCCUUAUUUAAUAAACAACUCAAAAUAUAGACAUAGCAGUAUAAUAUGUUUCAGGAAUAUUUAUAAAAUACAACUAUAUUUAUUGUUUUAUAUCGUUGCGUAUGUUGUAUUAUUUGUGUACUAUAUGUAUUUUUUGAAUAAGUAUCAAGUAUUGUAUCAAUUUCUACAUUUUAUUUAUUUUUCAUACCAUAUUAAAACUUAAAACGUUUUUAAAAUCACAUGGGUAUAUAUUAUAAAAAUGUUCAACAAAAUAUUUUAAAUUUUGAACUGAAUGAGUACUGAUAUAAAUGUUAAAAACAAAUGUACACAUACAACUUAAAAAAUCAGUGAAAUGAAAAAUAAGAUAACAAUUUUGUUUUAUGAUUUUACAUUAUAUAUUAUUUUCUAUAGUAGAAUUCGGUCGUAAUUUAUAAUAUUUUUGUUGCUAUAUGAUUUAACCUUAUCUAACCCCGGCAAGUAACCUUGUAACAAGACUAAUGUGAUACUGCUCUCUGGCGGAUAAUCUGUGGGUUAGAAAUGUGACGUUUUCCUACAAAUUAUGACACACAAUACCUAUUUAUGGUAUUACUGAAAAACCUUAUAAUUGGAAUUUUGAGUUGUGUCAUUUGUCUCUCCGGGGUGUGAUAUUUAUGUAAUAAAAAUUGUUUAUUAGCGACAAGAUUUCAAAUAAAAAAAUAUAUAAUAAGUACACAUUGAUAAUUGUUUAGAAAGGUACUGUUUGGAUCCGUAUUUUCAACGACGCGGAUGUUUACUUAAUAGUUCAUACAUUUAUACAAGUAAACGUCAGAAGAGAAGAAACAAAGAUAUGUAGCAAAAUGGAGAAAACAAUUAAUAUUUGAUAGUAUUAACAAAUCCAUAAGUUAUUUACGAAUCACAUAAUGUAAAACUUGCGUAUUUGAAUUUUGAAUAUUCUGUAAUUGAUAGUUAAAUGUCGAUGCUGAGUAUUAACUAUACACAAAAAUAGACCUUAGUAGUUGGUAAGAUCCAAUAAUAUCUUCCAGUUUAGGAUCCACUUGAGUGACGUGUAAAAACGAAUAACUAUUGGCCGACAAUGUUGCCGGAAGUCGGAUUACUGAUGAUGAAAAAGUACGGAAUAGAAAUAGAUGAAAUAAUUGUAUUAUAUUUAAAACACACACGAUAACAAUAGACAGAAUACAAGUAGGUGCCUACCGAUAAUACCGUUUGACACUAGUUUCGGUUCGUUGUGCCCGAUACACCAGUCAGUGUUUUAUUAUUAUUUUAAAUUUGAAACCGAUUUAAUUGGGAAUGCAUUUUCAGCUGAGUUCAGAGUUCAGACGUUCAAUUAACAGUAUGUUUUAAUUGUUGGAUCUCUGUAAAAUUCGAUCUUAAUAGGUUUUAUUUUGAUAGCAAAUAUCAGAAUAUUGGUUAUUGGCUUAUCACUUACAUAAAUAAAAUACAACAUUAUUGCGUAGGCACUUACUACAGUUUUUAAGGCUUUGAAACUAAAAUAGCCAUCUUCAUUUUUUUUUUCUAACAAAUGCAUUUUUUAAACACAAAAACUUUAUGUUUUUCAACAUAAUUUUAAAUAUAAUAUUUAAAUAUUAGCAAAUUGUAUAAAUUAUUUAUUAUCGUCAGAUUCUGAUGGAAAUAUAUAGUAGUGGUAACCAGAAAUCGUAACAUCUUGUGUUAGAUGUAGUUUGUAGGGUCGUUUUUAGAGGCAAAACGAAUACGAAUUAUAAUAUCUACAAUAAAAUAUAAAAUAUUUAAAAUUUCGGUCUGGGUCUGGGUCUCGAAAAUUCUAAGGGCGGGCCUGGGCGUGGUUUAUGUAGGCUUUUUUAAAUAUCUUAAUUCUUGGUAAAUUAAGAAAUUAUAGUACACAUUGCAUACAUUUUUUUUUGAUUUGAAUGUUUAAGCCACAUUAUUUUAACUGACAUUGAUGAUUUAAUAGUUAAUAUUAACAAUUCUGUAAAAUGAAUAGUUAUGAAUUAUUAACUAAUGACUGACGAAUUAUUAUAAUAUACAAUGCUGAUAGUUAAGUUACGCUUUUUAUUUUAUUAAUGAUUUACUGCAUAAUAUAAUAAACAUAAUUUUACAAAAAGUGUAAGUAAAGGAAAUAUUUUAAUGAUAAUUGUUUUUAGUAUGGCUCAACUCAUUCCCAUACAAAAUUCCUGGCUAUUCCACUAAAUGCUUUAUCCGAAAAAAGAGUUCGACUAAUAAUUAUUAUUUUAUACCUAUUUAUUAAACGGUCGUCUAUUAUAAUAAGUAUUAAUUAUAGUUUUUUUCCAGUAUCUUAUAUAUAAAUAUUGUAUUUACUUAUCUAACCUAACAUACAUUCAUACAUUAUAAUCACAUCACCGCAGUAUUAUUAUUUUCAUUAUCUUCAAACGACCUUCACAAGAUUAUUAUUUUUUACCGAGUACAAAACAGAAAAAAAAAACUAUUGAUGAAAUAAACUAGUGAGAGGAAAUCAUACAGGGAAUCAUCUACUCAAAUUUAUAUAUGUAGCAUUACGAUUACAAUCUUAUAAACUAGAAUGAGAAGUAUGAUUUAAUUUUUUUUUUUGUGGAACAAACAAUGUAUGUUCUAAAAUUAUUAUUAGAAUACCUAUACAUAUAAUAAUAAUCGCAGUUGCUUUACUUUUUAACAUUGAAAUAGCAAUGCAUCACGAUACAUAAGCACCUCCCUCUUUGAAUCACUGCAGUUGUAUUUUUAAAAUAUCGGUGUUAAAUUUACGAUUUAUACAGCUGUAUCGUUAUAAUGAAUCACGCUCAUCAUUAUAAUACAAAACAGCCGUAGACUGCAGUGAAACUAUAUAGUAAAUAUACACAUUUGACUGGCUGAUCAUUCAAUGAUUGAUUCUAACCUAUACUCGUAUAGAGUCACGUUAUAGUAUAGUAAUUAUAGGAAUUAAAUAUUUUUCACGGGUGAGUUCAAGGUACAACUAGAAAAAAAAAACAUGAAAUGUACGACCGCUCACAAUAUCAUUAUUUUUUUUUUUUUUGAAGUGAAGGUACUUACUUAAACUAUUGUUGGUACAAGUAAAAAUAUGUUUAAUAAAAUAUGAAUAUCUUUUAUUAUGCUCAAUAUAAAAUUAAUAUUCAUUAAAAUGUUCGAAACAUUUUUUUUAUGAACGAAAUUAAAAAUUUUCUUUAAACCCCUCCCCUAUAAAUAUAAUAUAAUAUAAUAUAAUUUUUAUUACACUAGUAAGAACACUUAUAAACAUUUUUUUUUUUUUUAAUACUAAACAAAUGUCAAAAUUUAUUUUAGUUGCUGAUGCAACCUUAUAGGUAUGACAAACUGUUUUUUUUUAACUUGAUAGUGUUACACUGUACAUUCACCAGUCGUGCCGAGGGGGGUAGUCUAAGGGGUUUGAGCUCUGGGGCAUGGUUUAAAGGGGUGCCGAAAACAAUUGUUUAUAAUAAUUUUUAUAAUAUUUUAAAUUAUACAUAAAUAAAAUAUAUGAGAAAGAUUGUUGUUUUACAAUUAUUUUGGACUAUCACACAUUUUUUCUGAACAAUCUCCGAUUAUGGUCGAGUAAUAACAAGUCAACCGCAACGUUUUAUUCUUGUAUUAUUUGGCUUUAUAAUAAGUUAUCGUAUUCUUUAUUUCAAAUCUACUGCUCGUCGAGCACGCGGGGUGCGAUAAGCGAUAGCAAAAAAUAACCAGAUACAAAUUAUUGCCUAUUGGUAUUAUAUUAUAUACUAUAAGCAGUUGAAAAAUUCGUUCCUACAUUUUUCUUGCAACGCUUUUUGUUAUUUGUUCGUGCUCGUGUAAUUAUACCGUUUUCAUAUUACACCACCAUUGAAACCAGAAGCACUGACCAGAAGUUACUUUUGGAUAUAAUACGUUGACUAUCAUACAAAAUAUGUUACAUAAAAAUUAUAUUACAUAAUAUGUUAAAUUUGUAAUUUGUGUUAAUUUUUUAAUUAUUUUAUACAUAACUAUUUUGUUUAAUAAUAACUAUUGCAAUCAACUUUAGUUUUUUGUCAAAUUAAUGUUCAAAAUACGUUUUAAAAAAAAAAUUUCAAUUAAAUUGGAAUGAAAUGCAUAAUAAUAAAUAAAAUAGGGGGCGAAUAUUUUUAAUUUUUCCUUGGAUGUCAAAUCUUAACGGCACGGCUCUGAAAUUCACUAUUAUGAUUGGAUAAAUAUUUUAAUAUUAAAUACCUAUGAUGUGUGAGCCAUUUAUAUUAUGUCUAUUAUUUAUUUUUUAUUAUAAACAAAAAAACAUAUUUUAGACAAAUAUGUUAUUAUUCUUUGAUACGAAUUUUAAAUUAUCUUGAAUGAGUAGUUAAAAGUCGAUAGUUUCAAAAUAUAUUUCUUAGAAAAUAUUUCUAAGAUAUAUAUAUAUAUCUUUAAAUUAAUAUUCCUUUUAUGAUGAACCUUUUACGUAAAUAAAUAAGUAUAAACAAUAAAUAACCAAAACAAAAAUGUAACAAUUAUAUACUGUUCUACACACUCAGUAAUUGUUUUCGUCUUACAAACACAGUACGACAGAAAAUUUGAGUAUUCGUAUUUUAGAUUUCAUAUUUCCAUAUUUAGGUAGUAUGAUUAUAUCAGACGGGAAGGACACAAGAGAAAUUAAGAGAUGUAUAGGAAUGGCAAAAGUAUCGUUCAGUAAAAAAUUCAUCGUCCGGUUUUUUUUUUCAACCGUGUUACCAAAUAAAUUAAUUAAUGAAUACAGAUAAUUCGAUUUUUGUAUUAAAAGUAGCUAAAAACCGAAUUCUAUGGAAGGUUUUCAAUAGGUUAGGUAAAGUGAAUAACACGGAACAACUUUCCAAACUUUCAUGGCGAUCGGAUGAAUGGUGUAGUAAUGUAUAAAAGAAAAACAUACAUUCGUUUUUAUAUGUAUAGAGAAGAUCGAUUAUUAGACUAUUAUUAGAUUACUAGCUGUCCCGCAUCCGGCGGUGCCCGUGCCAAUUUGUAUUAUUAUUAUUUUACCCAUAUUUGUUUUUGGUUUUGGCCGUGUUAGAAUUUAAUAAAAAUAAAUGGAUGGAAAGUGGGUAGUCCACCUCGGCGGACUAAAUGUGUUCUAUUGUGAAAUUUGAAUAGCGUAAAUAAUAGUAAUAAUAAUAAUUUGAAUAGUUUUCUUUUCCGUAGUAACCCUUGAAUAAACAAAAAUCUUAUAUAAAUAAAACAAAAUCGGGUUAGUUACACCAUUUGUAAUUCAAGAACGACUGGACAAAUUUUGAUGAUCAUAUGAUAUUUUCCGACUAAUUUCUAAUAAUAAUUAAUCACCUUUUUUUUUUAUUCCUGUUACCGGAGUAACACACAUCAACAAAAAAAUUGUAUUUAUUAUAUUAUGAGCUAAAUUAAUUAGUGUUGCUAGUGUGUAUUUAUAUAUAUCACGGUUAAAAAUAGUGGGUGGGAGUAGGAGAGUGAAAAAUAAUUUAUGACCUUUUCUCAAACCUAACAAAUAAACAAACAAAAAUUCAUUAAAAUCGAUCAUGCGGUUUCGGAGGAAUGCGACCACAAACAUGUGAUACGAGAAUUUUAUACAUAAAUUUAUCUCGAAAUUACGUGCCAAUUUGAAGAAAGGAGUUAAGUAGAUAUUCUAAUUAAACAUUCUAAAAUUAAUCAAUAUUCAUUCAAAUAACCUUGGGAACAAUUUUUUUUUUUUUGUGAACCGUUUAUAUAACAUUGGAUAACGUUAACCUAUCGUGAUCUAACCCAAGUACCCAGCUCAUGAAUUGUGUAUUAUUGAUUUUGCAUAAAAAGAUGUUUUUUUUAAUGAUCAUUUAUUGUGCUUUUAAUCUUGAUCUUAACCUGUUAUUCCAUUUUUAUUAAAAUUUGUUUACUAUAAAAUGCAUGAUGAACAAGAAUGUACUUUUUGAUGCAGAUUGAUAUACAUUAAUGGUGUAGAGUAUAGCCAUCCCAAUAAUUUUGUAUUAGUUUUAACUAUUAUGAUGUAUUCAGAAAUUAAAGUUUUAAUCACAAGGAAAAUAAUCUUAAGCCCUGAUUUACAUAAUAUUAUAAUGAUUGUUGUAGGAUUACAAAUUCACUUUGAAUAUUCUAGUAUGUUAAAAUAUAAUUUCUUCAAAAUUUAUAAUUUAAAAAUAAAAACAUACAAAUCACCUAUAAGUUUGUAAUUUAGUAUAAUUUUGAAAAUCAAAUAUCUAAAUAAAAAUAUUUUUCUUGUAUUAAUACUUGAGUAAUAACUAAAUAUGAUUUUAUAGAUUAUUACUUGGCAUUGUAGACAUUUCAAUGUUCCUGGUGUUUGAUGAGUUUUUCUAAAAUUAUCUAUGAUAAAAUAUCAUAACUUAACUUUCACAAAAAUUAAAUAUACGAGUUAACACUGUUAUACAGGGUGUCUCACUGUGUAUGUGUAAUUAAAUACAUUUUUUUUCUAUACAAUGUUUUUGAAUUAGAUUUUUGGAAAUGACUUAUGUGUUGCAGCAAAGCCCAGGCUAGGGGUGCAAUGAAAAAAGGGCCACAAAAGCCGAAAUAAAAUACACCAUAUAUAUAUUUUAUUAUUAAUAAUAUACAUUUUAUUUAGAAUAUACGCAAAAUAGUUAUACUAGUAUCAUUUGUGUGGCAGUACGGUGCACGGUGUUAAUGUGUGAUGCACCGUGGUGCAAUAAUGCACCGGUGCUCUCCUCCACCCCAAACUUAAAAGUGGAAUAUCUCGUCAACGGCUUGACAGAAAUUAAAAAUGUCAACACUAAAAUUCAUUUUAAACAAUACUCCAUCUAUGUAUGGAUUUUUAAAUAUAAGUUGCCACUUGAAAAUCAAAAGUAGGAAGUGGUUUUACCCGCAAAAAUAAGGGCGACAAAAAAUAAUAUAAAUAUAAAAUUGUAGAGCUGCCUGUUUCUUAAAAGUUCUAGAAAACAAAUUCCGAAAAAACUUAAUACUUUCUGAGAUAAUGAGUGUACCCACUUAAAUGGAUCACCUAGUACUAUAUAGUGUAUUGUAUACACUGUAUACAUUUCAUAUAAUGGGGCGACCCGGACAGUUUUUUACGUUUUUCUUAAUUUACUCUGAACAUUUAGUUGACAAAAUAUCAUGUUCUUUACCUAUGUCUUAACCAUAUUUAGUAGUAAAAUAAUCAUUAAGUUCAUUAAUGUUUGUACUUUUUUAAAAGUCGAACUUUAUCCGGAGUCAUCCUCAAAAUGAGGGUCACUUCGGAUACAAAAGCACAAUUUUUUUUUCAAAUUAGUUUAAGUUAUACUAAGUUUGGUACGGUUAUUUUUUCUUAUUAAAUAUCAUAAUUAUUACUACUAAUUAAAAUAAAAUAAAUCUUUUAUAUGUGUGCGUUUGUGGACGGGGGGAGGGGGGUUUAAAUUUUUUUUACUAGGAUUUUAGGACUUAAAUAUGUUAAAUGGCUAGAAGUGUUAAUGAAUUUUAAUUGGCUCUGCUUAUGUGUUAAAACUUUAAAAAACUAUAUACGUGAAUUGUAAGUUGUACGCAAAACUAAUAAUAAAAAAAAAAAAAAAAAAAAAAAAAAAAAAAAAAAAAAAAAAAAAUGAUAUUUCAACAAUAUUGUGUAGAGAAAACAUGUAUUUCUUCAGACUCAAUGCACUUAUUCUAUCGUACGGUGAAAAGAAUGUGAUCAUAUUAAUAUUGUUAUCCUGUGUUCCUUUACCGGUUUGGUUUAACUGUGGUUAAUUGAUUUCUCACGCUAUAUACCUACGCUAUAUAGAGCUAUACGCUAUAUACCUAAUACCUACGCUAUUACUUUAUUGUACUCGUAUGUUUUAUACAAAACUAUUUUUAAAAUAAAACAAGUCUAUUUUGAAAUAAAGAAAAUUGGUUUUGUUAAAUUCAUAUCAUAAUCGGUCGUGAAAAAUAAAAUAAUAUUUUUAAGUUGCAUCGUAUUUAUUCGAAGAAAAAAAAGGAAAAACGUAGAAAUUAUUAUUUGUUUAAAAUUGAUUAUGUCUAGACCAAGUAAAAUUUAAUUUUGAAUACUGGCCAAGAAAAUUUUGUAAUUCAAAUGUUGUAUAAAAGUUACUUUUAGCGAUUUAGACAUUUCGAAUAUGAUUAUACGAAGCUCGGUAGUCUGCAUCAUAAAUAGUUGAAAAACUAAUGGUGUGUCUAUAAUUGUUUGCAUAUGAUUAAUAUGCAAUAUGCGCGAUAUAUUCUCGAUUAUAUUAUUCGUGAUGGCAUAUCUAGUUAUUUGUGAACGACAACGUUUAAAAAACGACAAAAAAUAUCAAAGAUAUAAGACUACACGUGACCAAUUUUUUAUUACUCAAAAGUAUGCUUUUUAGGCUUACAUUUUCUACUACACAGUUGUUUGGUUUCGAUAAUUUUUGUUUUUUUUAUAGAAUAGCUCUUACAACUUACAGGACUUGCAUUGAACUUGGAUUUUGAAAACUAUAAUUCCAAACGCUAUAAUUAAAGUUCAAAUAUGACCAACUUUUAAUUACCUAAUUGUUUUUUUGUGAUUUUCGAUAACAUAAUCAAAAUUCAAAGUCCAAUUCGGAGUGUAGAAAGUUGUCCUCUUCAAAGAAAAAAAAAACUUCUACGACUGCAGAAGAGUCGUAGACGCACGGCCUUAAAUCAGGCCGUGCGCCGUCUGUGUAUAAUAUUCAAAAAUUAAAAACUGAUUGAAUUCAUUGUUAACGAUUAUUAAGACUUUUUAAUUAAAAACAAUUUGUUAUUAGCGAUUGUGAACAGUUUGUCAACAAUCACGAGCGAGAUCCUUAUAUGUAUGUUGUAUGUUUCCAUAGUGAUUUCACCGAUUUCUGUAAUGGCCGGGUGACGGAAAUCGAUUCAGGAUACUCAGGUAUAACGAAGAAUGCAUUGGCUCUAUUAUGAUGUGUGCUUUUUUUUGUGUGUCUGCGAACAAUUUUUUUUUACCAUAAAAGUUAUGCGUUUCUAAACAAAAUUCGGUUUAUCUUUAUUAUUUUUAUUAUUAUUUGUUUGUGUGUAUACCGAUAAAUAUUUUGACCGUCACCGAAAUAAUUCUUUCGUAUACAUAUUUAUAUCCCCGUUCAUAAUAUAAUGACGCCGUAUCCAUAAUAAUAUUAUUAUAGUGUGUUACUAAAAAUUUCUGUGGUACUUAUUUUGUACGUCAAGGUCAGCCCCACUGCCGCGGACCGCGCCGAAAGUACAUCGACUGACAACCGGUUAUUUCUUUCGUUUGUACCGGCGUGGACCGCGGUUCAGUCGUUCCGGCGUAGUGUGCAUAAUAAUAAUAAUAAUAUCAGGUACCCGUCGUAUUUUACUAUUUUCGAGCGUGUGCAGUUUCCCGGUCGCUUACGGUCCGGCAACGACGACUUCACGACUUAACACAACCUGCGGGUAUACGGCGAGUCGGAAGUAAUAGGCGAAUAAAAAAAAAAUGGAGGACGGCGGCGACGACAGUUCGGUAUGGAGCUCGUUCUACGAUCGGAUACAGCGGAAAUUCAGCUCGCUGAGCACCACAGCCCCGGAUUUAAAGUAAUAAUAAUAUCGAUAAUUAUUAUGCGUGGGCACACGUCUGUAGAAAAUGAAAUAUACAUAUCGAUUUGGCCAUGGUUUUUUUAUUUUUGACGCGAUAAAACGUCCGUCGAUUCGUAAUUCGUGUAACAUAUAGGUAUAUUAUUAACUCGUUUGUUUUUAACGCUUAUUAUUAUAAUUUUUUUUUUAACCCUCUGGCCAUAUUGGAUCGGUCUCGUUAACAUAAUUAUUAUUAGAUAUCGAUAGGAAAUGUUUAAAUAAACCAAUAAUUUCGGUUGCGAACUCGAACGGGUUAUUGUGUAAUAAAUUCCAUAUGAUAUACCAAAGGUAUGGGUCAUCAUUUUGCGUGACUUUAAUACUUAAAUACCUUAUACGCGUUAUCGAUAUUUAUUGAUAAAAAGAGAUAGACCGUUUUUUAUCAUAAUUAAAUGUCGUGUACUCCGGUUAAAAAUGAGCUGCUUUUUCGAAAUUCGCUUUUUCAAACUAUUCUUUAAUUAAUAUUUAAUCCGUCGUUGCUUAGUAUAAUACAGAAUUUCAAAAAGAGCUGUAUCGAUAAGAUGUACACUAAAUAUUUUACACUAUAUAUUUACCCUGAAAAAUUGCAAAACAUCUAGAUGUAGGUAUCGCCUUUCUUUCUUUGGAGCCCAUAAUGUUUUAUAUAAUUAAUAUUAUUAUUAGUGUCUUGUAAUCAAUGUGUUUGCAUUUAACUUCAAAAAAAAAUCUUACUUCAAGUACAAUAUUACAAUGAAUUACAAUAAUACGCUUGAAAAUAAUAUAACUUUCCAUUCUAAUUUAACUUCUAUGAUUUACUUUCUAUACAUUUAUCGAACUAAAAAUAUUUUAUUGUUUAUAACUAUUUUACAAAAAAAAAAAAACAAUUCGUCGAAAUAGUCUAUUGUAAUAUCAGUUGCGUAUUGGCGUAUGGGGAUCAAUCCAAGUUUUUAUAGAAGGGUGUCGUAUAUUAUAUACCAUUACUAAAUUAGCUUCAUCUCAUUGAUUUCCUACAUUACUGAUAAUGACGCAGUUUUUAAUAAUUUGUUAUUCGUAUGUAAUGUAUGGGCCAUGCCAAUAUUUUGUACUGUUCAAUUAAUUAGAUUUACAAAAAUGUUUAUGAUUAUCUACUUCAGGGGGCCAUAAUAUGAUGAUUACACUUUUUAGGACAGAAAAAAAUCACUCGUAAAAUUUUGUUGCUUUGUCGAUUAUUUUUCUUUAGAUUUUAAUACUAGAUUUAAUUAAAUCCUGAAUACUGUAAAGAAAUUCGACGUUUGGUUAGAAUAAAUGGACCAUAGGUAUAUUAUUUAUAUUUUGGUUUAAAUUAAAACUCGAACUUAAAUGUACCUACAUCGUAUAUUAGUUCAAUUUUUUCUAAUUUAACGUUUAAAAAUAAAAAUAAUAAAAAUAGAUAAAUCAGUUUAUCGAUAACUCGAAUGAGUUAAGAUAUUAUAAAGAAAAUAAACAACAUAUAACGAACUUGUAGUUUAAGUUUAUUUGCAUGCAAUUAUAUUUACGAAUAAGUUCAAUUGUUUUACACUAAUUUUUCACGGACAAGGCUAUUCUCGAUUACUGUGAAAAGUAAUUUAACUAGUUUUCUUUCACGCCGGUAUUGUGAUACCGUUAAGUAGUAUUGUUCCUUUUUAAUUACUAAAAUGUAAAGAAUUCAGGAAUUAAAAUGAAUAUUCCCAUUGUUUGGAUUUUUUCCCCGGGUUUUCUCCCUCCAAAAAAAUUAAAACUAAAAAAUCCGGAUGUACUUUGCAUCAUGGCUACUGUAGAUCACUGUAAUAGGAGGUGGGAAAUUGAACGAUAUAUUAAAUAGUAUAUAGGUUAAUUUAAAAAGUAUAUAGAAUGCACUUGUAAAUCAUUGCAAUCAAAACUGAUUCUGAGUGAAGUAGUAUUAGUCGUGGAUUUUUUUCUUUGUAGCCAAGGUAAUCCAGAGAUCAAUAAAAGUAAAACCGAUAUUUCAAUAUUUGUUUUUAGUUUUCAAAUUGAUAAGAAACAACUAUUUAGAGUCUAGAUAUUUUUUUUCAAAUGAAAAACACUGAGAAAAAAUCAGAAUCCUUUAAAAUUUAAUGCUUAUUAUUUGGAGCAUUUUGAUCGACUCAAAAAUGCUUUUCCAAGAAUUAAAAACGUACAUAUAUUAAUAUAAUUAUAGUAACUUCUAUACUACACUCAGAAUCUAUAAAAAGGACUUAUUUGGUGCAUCAACUAAACUAAUUUUUUAUUAAUAACUACGUGUACUAAUAAAAACUAAUAAAUUUUCGUUUUUUUCGCUUAAAAUCUAAAAAGAGAAAAAUACUAAUUCAAAUCGUUUCGAAUCGUCAUUUUUGACAAAAAAAAUAUUCAAUUUCGUUUUGUAAUAUUGUAAUUAACAUAUGAAAAAUAGUAACGCUAAUGAGUAUGGCUAUAGAAAGCAAUGUUCAUAGACGUAUAAAAAUGUUUUUUUCAUAAGUUGAAAUUCACUAGUCAUCGUUCAUCACUUAUCAGUUAUGUAUACUAUUUAUGUUAUUUUGAAUUAAUUUUUUCUCAUAUUUUUAUCAAAUCGUAUAUUUUUUAAUUUAAGUAAAACCUCCUACAAAAUCGUAUUUUUACAAAAUCUGUUGUAGUAUUGUUUUAAAUUUCGAAAGUAAAUAUUUAAAUACUUGAGUUAAAAAUUAAAAUGUUCAAAUAUAGGUUAUGUUUCAAAAUUAUAAGAAUGGUUGUAUAUGUAAAUCGUAGCUCUACUAAUGAGUAACGAAUACUAUGUUAAUCAUUCUUAAUACCGAAAUGAUUAGAAUUAAUUAUUAUUAUAUUACAAGUGUAGUGAAUCUAUUUUUUUAGUUUUCUUGUAAAUAAAGUUUGUUGAAAAAUUAAAUAUUAAGUCAAAUAUUCACGAAAUAAAUCCGCAAACAAUUAUUAUCACUACAUUUACUAAACGUGUAGCCUAAUAUAAGAAGUAAUGAAUAAUUGAUAAUCUGAGCAAUUCUCAAAUUAAGUUUCAAUAUCAUUACGAAAUAUAAUUAUUUAUUAAAUCAUGUUUAUUUCAUUUAGUUAUUGGUAUUUUAAUAAAAAAAUUGAAAACUCACAGAGCAGUAGGGCUAAAUAUUAUUAGCUAUUCGUAAAAUGUGGUUUAACUUGUAAUAAAAAUAAAUAAUAAUGCAUGGAUUAGAGCGGUAUUGCGGUUUUUCGAUGAGCAAAAUAAUAUAAGUAUAAUAUAUACUUAUAUUAUUUUGCUCGAUUAUAAUCAAGCACUUAAAACAGUUUUAACCAAUUUUUUUUAAAUAAUAGACAUCGUCUAUGUCAGUAUUUCACGACUAGUUGAAAACUUAUCAUUGUAUAAGUAUUUCAUAUUAUAUUUAUACGAAUUUUACGUUCCUCUUAAAAUUAUGAUUGCAUCCGAGAAGGCCGGGGGCAGGGAGUGAUUGGUCUAUCUAGAAAAACUGGUCUAUGUAGAACGAACAACAAAUAUAUUUUAUUUGAAGAAAAAAAUAUGAAUUCGUCUUGAUAUGAAAUAUAAUAUCAUUACUUAUUCUUAUCGUCCAUUUGUCUUAAUAAUUGAUGUAGUGAAUCGUUUUUUUAUAUAAUCACUCUGAAAUUGUGUGUAUUACCCAUUGUUAGGUUUUUUUUUUUUACUCGUCUUUGUUAUGGAUUUAAUUAUUGAGUGUUACGAGUUAACGACCAAACUUCUCACGAAUGGUUUACCUGUGAGUGCAAUUGUUUUUAUUCGUGUCGAUCAUUAUUAAUUUUAAAUUAAAACAGCAUAUAGUUGGUACUAUACUAUAUAUUAUAAAAUAUGUGUGACAAUGCAUAGUAACGUAAGACAAUUGUUGUAAACAUCAUAGUAAUGAAUUGUUUAUUACUAUAUAGUAAACAAUAUUAUUCGUAUAGAUACGUGAUAUACUCAUGUAUGUAUUAAUAUAAUAUGUACUUACGUGUAUUAUAGAAUUAGUAAUUUAUUUAUUGAAAUAUUUAUAAUUCCAUUUAAAACAAUAUAACAACUCAUUUGUUACUCAAUGAGAAUAUUGUAAAAUUCAAUUAUGGAAGUACCUACUAAUUCAUAUAAUAUUAAUGACUUUAUUACCAUUGAUUAAAUGUAUUUAAUCAAUGAUAUUACCCAUAGCGUAAUUAACAACGCAUAAGAUGUACGUAAAAAUCGUAAUUAAUUAAGGAAAUUUAAUAAUAGUAAUUUCUGAAUGUAUGUUUAGAAUUGUCAAGUAAUCGUGUAAUAGAUUGUACCUUAUGUAUCCGGUCGGUUAUAUACGAAUGCCAAUUUAAUUGAAUAUUGUAUUUUAUCGAUUUAACGAAGUUAAAGCGUUUGCUUGUUGUUAGAUAUAUUGGACAUUUUGAGUUUUUACGUUUUAAAAUAUUACUGUUGGCAAAAAAAAAAAAAAUAAGAAAUUAUUUCAUAAUUUUGUUGUCAAAUAUUAUAAUAUUAGUGUAUUAAUAUCACCAGUAGUAUGAAUAAUGUAACUCAAACAAGGCAGAAACCUUUAAGAGUAUCAAUAUUUAAAAUUCUGUCACUAUAUAAUAUGUAUAAAGCAACCGACCUAUUGAAGUAUUUCCGGUCAUAAUAUAGCUAUAUGCGAAAAACUCGUAUACAAUUUUUGACGUUAAAAAAGGAGUCCAAGUAUAAUAAUAAUUUUUUUUUAACUCCUAGACAAAUUAUUUAACAAAAAAUUAAUAUGAUCUUUAAAUACGAGUACUUGACAAAUAAUGAUUUGAAUAUCCGUCUAAUAAAAUAAUAUCCAUGUUAUAUAUCUUGUUUGUUUUGUUGGUUUACGGGUUUAAUCAAUUUUGAUAAAUUAUUAAAUACUGAAUAUAUCUUUAAUAAAAACGUAUACAUCACAAGUUUAAAAUAGUUUCAUAUUAAAUAUUUGUGUCACUAAUAGUUAUGAUAAUUCUUGAUUAUAGAGAUUACAUUUUGGCUAGUUUGCAAAUAGUAAAGUAGUUUAAUACAAUAUGUUCAUAUUGUUUAUACUCUUGUUAUAGGUAAUAUUUAGAUGGAACUAUUGGCUUGCACACUUGUGCACGUAUAAUUAUUAAAAAAAAAAAAAAUGUAUUUAACAACAAUUAUAAAUGUAUUGAUUUAUCAUCGUUAAAUUACAAACUAUAAUACUAAUCUAAUAUCUUUGAAAAUACAUUUUAUUUUUAUGUGACACGAUAAUAAUAGAAUUUUACAAUCAAUAUACAUAUACCUAUGCGAAGUACUUACUUAUACCUAUACAAAAAUCGAGCAAUAAACCUAAACAAAAAAUGUUUGUACCAUAAAGAUAAGUAGGUAUAUGUAUAUAUAUACAUUAUUGUUAAUACUUUCAUAGAAUAAAUAGAAGUAAAAAAAAGUAAUAGAUAUUAGGCUAAAAAUUUAAAUGACGUGAAUGUCGUGAAUGACAUCAUCAGCUGAUGACUUAGCGUUACACUGCAAAUAAUAUGACAUAAAAUCCUUGAUACAUAUUGCAUACCUAUUUUAGAGUCUGGGCGGAGUAAGAAAGCUGCAACUAUUUAUUUUAUAAUGACGUGUAUGUGUUAUUACUUUUUGGGAUUGUCAAAAUGUUCAAUUAUUACCCAUCAAUACAUGUUUGGAUGAUUGACAAUAAUUGAACGUAGGUAUAUGCAUGUAUUGAUUGUAAGAGCGUAUUGAACAUAAUAUGUAGGUACAUGUCGAAUUUUUCGAAACUUCUUAUUCGAUGGCCUACAAAGUUUAAUAAACUAAAAAGGUAGGUAAAAUGAUAAUUCGGCUCUCGUUUAGUAUGUUACCUAUACCCACGUUGGAUUUAAUCAUUGUUUUACCACGCUACCUACAUCGGAAAUACUUCCUACACGGGAUUCGAUUUCAUUUAAUAUAAGGAAAAUUUAUGUAAUUUAAAAUAAACAAUUACUAAGUAUUAAUCAUAUAUUUGUACGUACUGCUUCAUCAAAAUAAUUUUUAGGUAAUUUAAAAAUUAUAGAGAGGUCUGGGGUAGUGAAAACUCUUCAUUUAAUUGUGUUUAAAAUUUCAAUAGAAGACAUGCUAUUAUAAUGUGUAACACCUUUUGUGUUUUGCUUAAAUUUCAUAUUUUAAAAACCUUGCCCGAGGAAAACCAUAGUUUACUGACUAACAUUAAUUAAAAUAACAGAUAACCCUACUUUUUAAUUAAGAUUAACCCUACCCUAAUUUUUUAACCCUACCAUUUAUUAUUUAUUAAUGUUAAAUAUACGAAUUAGUGUACUAUUUAAGUUGUUUAUUUAUAUUAAUACAUUAUUAUUAUGAUUUAUAUAGUAUAGUGAAUAAUAAAUUAUACGAAGCAACGGCGCACACAAUGGUGGGAUUAAGGCCGUUAAGGGGUCAAAACCCACUCCGUAAUGUCUUCAUUUACUAGAUUUUUUUAAAUCAAGUUUUAUAUUCAACAACAUAAUAUAUCUUAUACCAUAGAAUAAAAUACAUUUUAAUUUCAUCAAAAAUCAUUUAUUCAGUAAUAAUAGUGAUAGCACUAUAGGUACUUAACAUAUGCUAUAUUCUCUCUUUAGGAAAUUAUUAUAAACGAAUCCCCUUCUGAAAAAAAAUCCUACGCGCGUUACUAAUACGAAUCAUUCUAAACGAAACUUAUUUUCGUACAAGUAUAAAAUUGUGUUAGUACCUACACUGUAAUAGCAUCUCAAAAUCGUUUGCGAUCGAUGAUUUAUCACUGCUUCGCUAUUUUUAAAAUUAUUUCUCAUACCGACAGUUAUUAUUAUUAUUAUCAUCUUAUUUGUUGUAUUACGUUUUAGGGGAACUUUUACGCCUUACAUGUCGGUGGCAUCAAAAAUUAAUUUUAACUCGGAAAAAUAAUUAAAAACGAAUGUCAACUAUUUAAAUUUAAAAUGUCUGAGAAUGCGACAGAAAGGUUGUUGAUACAUUUUGUAGUAUUCUAUAAAAGUAAGAUUAUAAUGAAGAAGUGCAGGCAUCAUUUGUAUAUAGGUACAGUUUUUGCUUUAUUUGAUUCGUCGCCAAUAAUAUUAUAAAAUCAUUAAUCUCGUACAAUUUAUAUUUACCUUGUGAUAUUCCGCCUACGUUGUUUUAUAGUGAAGGUACCAAAAUUGUAUUAUGAAAUUUAUACCUAUAUGUAUGUAAAAUCUUUGGGCUUCACUAUGAAUACAUUACAUACUUCAAGGUAAAUCGGAUGUUGACGUUUUAAUUCGUUUUGAACAAUGAUAUUGAAAAAAAAAAUUAUUAAAAAAUGCAUUAUAAAAUGAAAAUCUAUUUUUAAUCUCAUGGUGUCAAACACGACAGAAUUUCACUUAAUUAAGUUCAAGGUGUGGCUUUCAUUCGUACAAUGUAAUAAAAACAUAAUGACACAUCCGUACAGAGAGUGGCUUUUGAGUUUUGUUAGUCAUUCACAGUGUAUACUAAAACGUCUAUAAUACACACAUUUAUAAUAUCGUUCAUUUUUUAAAUUCUUAUUUUUGUUUUGUUUUUGUGUAUAUUUUAAAACUGUAUUUACAAUCCAUGCAUUUAAUUAUAUUUGGUAUGCGUAUAAUAAGUAAUAUGUAGGUAACUUAUUUUAAUAUUUAAAAUUCUUACUAUACUUAUAAUGCAACCUGUGCGUUUGUUUAUUUGGUAUUUGUAUUACAAUAGAAUCAGUUCGAAUAUUAUGCAACUUCAGUUGUAUAAUAAUCAUAAUAAUAAAAAAUGGUUGUUUAAUCGGUGUUGUGAUAAAUUAUAAUGCAUUGAUAAAGUUCAUUAGUUUCGUAUUUCGUAAAAUACAAAACGAUAUUUAUUUAAACUAAUUUAAGAUGCGGCUGAUUUUUUUCUAUCAAUAUUAAUUUUACUAUGAGGCUCAUCAAUGUCUUACGAGUACAUUAUUAUUAUAAAUUAUAAUAGUUUAGCGUUUUUCGAAUUGAAAAAAUUUACUUUUGGUAUCUAUUAAAAUUAAAAGUUGUAUAAAUUAAAUUAGUUACGAGUAGGUUAGUAUUAAAAAAGUUCACAUACUAUUCACACCGCGGCACAUAAGGUCAAAUUAUCAAUUUAAGACGAAAAAAUUGAAAUAUUUAUUACCAUCAGAGGAAUUCCAAAUACCUAGAAAACGUUAUUUAUAAACCAGUGUACAACGAACCGUUUCAUUUAUUUUUUUAUCGUGACAUAAUAGCUUGUGCGUGCACUUAAACUUGGGUUAUCUUUCGCACCACUAUUGUUAAUUAGUUACUCAUAAACGUGAAUGUUGGAAUAAAAAAUUAAAUAUUUUUAUUUUAAAAUGUAUAAUCGCACAUUUUAUAAUAUAGAUAUUGAAGUAUCAGCUGUGUACUUUAAUAUGCAAUUGUUAUUAACAUAAUAGCUGUUCGUUAUCAUUAAAAUAUAUAUUUUAUAAAAUACUAUUUUUGUUUAAAAAGUAUAUUGAGAUGUCAAUUAUAGCUUGUGUUAUAUUAAAAGUUCCAUAUAGUUCCAAGUUUAAAUUUUACUUGUUCAAAAGGAUGUCUUGAAACAAAUGUAAAAAUGUAAAAUUAAUGUCCACUUUUUUGUUUCCCUGUCUGCAAAAUAGAACGCAUUAUAUUCAGGUAGUAGUGUCACACAAUAACUUUUUUAAACAUCGAAUAUAGGUAUUAUAAUUAAUAAUUUAAAAAAUAAUAAUCUUAGAGUCUUGAAAUUUCCAACAAAGAUGAAUCAUUGUACUGUUCUACUACCAAACAAUUUUCAAAAAGUGUUUUUUUACUUAAUUUAAUUGUAUUAAAACAUAGUUCAGAACAAAUGUGUUUAGCUGUAGAAUCAAGUUUAGUGAAAUUAGGCAGGAAAACUGUAGCUCAAGUUGUAAAAUUAGCCAUAGAAUCUACACCCACUAGAUUAAGAAAAUUGAAAUUGGUGUAUGAUAAAUCGUCCUCUAUUAUUAUAAGACCGUACAGCCAUGAAGAAGCCUUAGGUCUUAUAGUAAAUCUGGGUUUGACAAAAGACCUUGGGGAUAUAGAUGAUAGAAUAAUGUAUAAUUUUAUACACGUUAUUUUGUUUAUAUCAUUCAUUCACAAGACAGACAUAAUAAAAUUUAAAUUAACUAAUUAAUACUAAUUAACUUUUCUUUUUUUUUUAAUAUAGUUAUGAAGCAGUAUCCUUAUAAGUCUCUCUUUAUAAAAAUAAUAUGAAAUAAAAUUUUGUUUUAUAUUUUUGUCGUCGUAAAUUGACCAUUUAGGUCACUGAUUUGCGCGGGUUGGUCACUGAUCUAGAUGAGAAGAUAUUAAAGAAAUAUAGGUUUAAUUUAAUUUAUAACGCAACAAUUUAUCAUCUCAAACAAAUUUACGAUCUUCAUUGGGCUCACCAGAUUUUAUCAUUUUUUUUUUUACAAUCAAUGUUUAUGAGAAUGUAGAGAGACGCUUCACACCUCUCCACAUUUUCUAUUAGCCACACGUGGGAUUAUUUCCAGGUGAUUUUGUUAACUGAAUUCAGUACUAAUGUAAAGAUAAUAUAUAAUAAAGAUAUAAGGAUACAAGAUCUGUACAAAAUGUUAUGGAACGGAGAAGGUACACGAGAGGGUGAAUCAAUAAUCAUCCAGACUGCCCCAGAAAUCAAUUUUUUGCGGGUUAUAAUAUAUUUAAGGGGAUUGGAGACCCAUGUAGCGACACUUUGGGUACGCCGCUGUCUUAGUAUAACCAUCACAGUUUGAAUCCACUAAUGUUGUGGAUUUAGUUAUGUAUUAUUACGGACAUAUUUUGAAUGGGGUAUUUUGCCACGAUGUCUCGUAAUAGGGAUAUAAUAUUAUAACAACAUCGAAUCGACUAUAGUAAUAAACACUUAAUUAAUUAAUAUGUAAUAGCACGCAUGUUCUAAAAUAACAGUUUACAUAAUAGGACCGGCGAGUUAGUGCGGCUUGGGAGUUGCCGGGAAUAAUAAUAAUACGUUAGUAGGUAUGAAAGCAUGCGCAGCAACGCUUUUAAAAAAGAAGCGCCGGCGGAGUAAAAGUUGAGAAAUACUGCGACUGUACGUUAUAACAUAAUAACACUAUUUGACUAUUGAUCGAGGAAAAUGCCGAGAGUCCGAGAGUUUCGUCGGUUUUUAUUUGUUUAUUAAUAUUAAUUUUCGUACAAUUGUAGAAUUAUUAAUGACCCCAAUGUUUCGCGGCGAUUGAUUAAAUAAUAAUUACCUGCUUGUUUAUAUGAGUCACGUUAUUAAUAUCAUAUGAAAACGAUUAACGGACAUUAAAAAUUCUUUAUUAUUAAUACGUUUUUUUUUUGUCGUAUAAUUUACUGCAGUGCGCGUAUAUCAUUUCAGUUGAGAGUGCGGACUCGUGGUGUAUGACGGGCCGUUAAUCUAACUAUUUACAGACUCUAUACUCUAUUGAUUAUCGCGGUUUCAUAUUAUUCAAUUUAUUAGUUUCGAUUUGCACGUUAAAAGUUUUUCGCGUGGCACGUUAUUUCGUUUUGUCCGUCUUUUUUAACAUGUUGGUAGGCGACGAUAAUAAUUCCGAUCCUAAUCAAUUAACUGUCGAAGACGAUAUUGAACACUGCCAAGAUGACCGAAACGAAAAUCUUAGCGAACUUCAAUAUGGUUCAAGGUACAUAAUGCGCGCUUUUAAAUUACGAGUUUUAAUCGAAAUUUCGUGAAAAUAGCUACAUACAAUAAUUGUAAUAAAACAGUAUAAUUUCGUAAAUUAUUGACUCAAUGUCUAGUAAAAAUUGCACACGCGUUUUCUGCUCUAUAUAGGUAACGCGUGCCAGAAAAGUAUUGUAUUUGCAUAAUUUUCUGUAUACACUAAACGUAAUACAUCGCCUUGUAUGUAUAAUGUAUAUUGUACAUUUAUACUAAGAAUAGUAAAUUUCAUGACUUAAAACAUACAUUUCAUUUAAACGUCACAGUUUCAAUACAAUGAAUAAUAGUGUAUAUGUUUAAUUUAAAUGAUUUUUAAAUUCGUAAGUAUAAAUAUAUACUGUAUACGUACUAUAUAAUAUUAUUAUUACCGGCUGACUCAUUUUACCUCGAAAAGUCGUAUCUUUUUUUUAUAAUUUUUAAUUUCUGUUAACCCGUUAGCGUAAUAAUAUUAACCUUUGAUAUUUCUGAUGAAAAACGCAAGUAUUUUUUAUUUCUGUUCCCAUCAACGUGUAUUUCUUAACUAAAACUUCAUAAAUUUAAGGUAUUAUCAAUUUUGGUUGCUAUUUGAAAAUCAAAAGUUUAUACUUUUAAUUUAUCCACCGAAUAUAAGGGUGAACCAAUAAACGAUUAAAUACUAUUGUUAUCAAAUCAACAUCGUAUUUUCUAUUUUAAUAAUAAUUAAAAUUAUGUACAAUACCCAUCAGCGAUGCUGUUUGAGUUUUUUUAAUAGAAAUGCCAAAACUCAACCAGGCCAAUUAUUAUAUUUUUUUUUCAAAGUCAGACCACUAAGCCAAAUGUUAUGUCGGUCGACGGCUGACGUUUACAGAGAAUUUAUAGUUUAUAUGUUUAGUAAAAACUAAAAAUUAACGUAAAAACUGUUCAACUGAAUAUAAUAUUGGUUACUUGUUUAUUAUCGCCUCGCCAGAGCGAGGCGAUUAUUGUUCCGCCACAACAAAACAAUUAUGAUCGAUAGAUAUUAUAUCGUGUGUAUAAAUAUGUACAUGAUAAUACAGUUUCAAUAUUUCUUACGGCCUAAAAUUAUCUUCUUACAGUAGUAACGUAAUAUUAUUAUAGUAGCAAUAAUUUAAACUGACAUAGCCGCUCGUUGACAGUGCUUAAAUGGGGAGAGGGGACGCUGGGGGACGAAGUACCUUAAUUCAUUUUUCAGAAAUUUAAACGUAUCUCUGCCAUUUGUUUAAAGUAGAACGCAUAGGAUGCAAAAGCAGAUACAAGAGGAGAUACCAAGGCGAUCACCCUCCACUUUUUGGCCCGUGUUUUGUUUACGUGAUUCUUAUAUUCAACAAUUGUUUAUAUAAUAUAUAUACUUUUAAAUAAAAUCCACACCCUUUUUAAUCCUAGAACCCGUCACUGAUAUGACGGUAUUUUUAUCAAAUUUUUAUUUUCAUUAAAAUUUUAACUUAAAUUGCUAAUGAAAAUAAAAAAUCAUAACUUUUUACCAUUAUUUGCAACUUAUCGAAACAAUUUUGAUUACAUAAAACUAAAUAAAAUUCUAUGACUGAAAUAUUGUCAGUAUGAAUUGAAACCAUGUCUAGAAAGUGUUGUAUAAUAUAAAAGAUUUUACCUAUAUAAGUAAUCAGUGAAAUUUCCGGCCUCUACGAUUGUUUUUUUUUUUGAAUGAACAAAAAAAUAGAAUAGAAACUGUUAUUUAUUUUAUUUUAAUUAAAUACGGGCUUGUCUCAAAGUACAGUAGUAAAUAUUUACAAAUAGUAUGAGUUCAAUAGAAGUAAGACGAGAACUACGUAACCAGAUUAAGUUAGGUUAGGUUAGGUUACACAUUUGUAAGGUUAUACGUUUUUUCUAGGGUUUUCCUCAUAAUUAAAAAUACUACAAAGAAAAUCAAAAAAUAAUAACUUCCUCAUAGUCCCAAUGAAACGAUAAUUUUUAAUAGAAACCAUCAUUUUUAAAGUUGAUGAUCGGAGCAAUAUUUCUGGUAAAAAAGUUUUUCACAUACAAAAAAAAACCCAAACAUAUAUCAUUAUAGAUUCAUAGUAGUAACUAUGUAUAGUAAUCAUCAUAAUAGAAUCUUAAAAUAAAUUUGAUCUACAAUAUAACUCAAGUACAGUAAUAUAAAAUAAAUACAAUUAUAUCUAUAGUAUAAUAUAAGCAAAAAGUUAGGCUGCAAUAGAGGGCGUGGAAAAUAUUGAAAAGAUAUUUUGUCGAAACUGUAUUUUUUCGGAAAAAUAUUUUGUAGGAACCGUAUUUUAUCGGAAAAACAUUUCGUCCGAAAGUAUUGUGUCGGUGAAUUUUUUUUCAGAUAAAUAAUAAUAUUUUGUAGGAAAAUAAUUUUUACCCAACGACAAUAACAUGCAGUCAUGAAGUGCUAUGAUAAAAUUAUAUUCAACAGUUCUGAAAAAAUACUUUCCGAUGAAUUAUUUUUCCAACAAAAUAUUUUCUGACAAAUUAUCUUUCCGAAAAAAUACUUUCCAACAAAUUAUAGCCCUCCCUCAAUAGUAGUUUUAUUAGCAGGGGUGGUUUUAGAAUUCAAAUUUCUUAUGGGCUCUACUAUAGUGGUUCCAGGAAGAGGACGAUCAAUUAAUCGAACGCCCCAACCCCCUCUCCAUUCGGCCGUGUUUAUGUGUUAAUACUCAUGUUCAAAAAUGGGGGGAAAAUGUGGGGUAAGUAUGUAUAAUAUGCAGAAUAUUUUCACCCCCACCCCUUGGAACUUGCCUUGAAACAUUCCUAAUGGGAACGAAUCGAUUUAUAAGCAAGCUAUAAAAUCAACCUAAAUCCUUAUAGGCCAAAUUAUUCCCUUUACACUUAUGAAAAUAUUAAUAAGUAUACCUACGAAAAAGGUAGAUUUUCAUCAUUUUUUAUACAAAAUAUAGUUAAAUAUAUAAUGUUAUAAUAACGUAAACACUAGUACGUGUUGUAUUAACAAUCACGUAUAUAGACAAGUAUACUUAUCAGUAAAAACAACAACGGUGCGUUAUCAUAAUAUUAUGUGGCAGGACGACGUAGGAGUCUAUUUUACAUAUGUUACUGUCUAAUAGACACGGCAAGUAUCCGUAUCACUAGCCUACGAUGCUAUUUAAAACCAAACUUCAGUGAUAAACAUAUCAUAUCAACAUAGACAGUGGAAGAAAAAUAAAUAAUAAAAACAGAGAGCUGAUACUGGGGAUUGGGGCUACAGGUGGGAAGUUAAGAAGGUAGAAUAGAUAUAGGUACAUAUAGUUAUUUAAUUUAUAUUUGUUAGUAACGAUAAACCAUUGCUAAAGCAAAAACGAUUCAGAGUGAAAUUCGGUUUUACAUGUUAUGAAAAGCCGAAAUAUUUAUGGUUUUCAUCAAAAUUUAUUAUUAAAAUUCUUAUAUAAAAAAAAAAAAUAUAUCACAUUAAACUGGAUUUUUUUUUACCACUAAGUACAACUUAUAAUAAUAUAGUAUAGUAUUUCGUUAUAUAUUAUAUAACGUUUUAUAGUAUUUCUGUUGAAUCUAACACAGAGCUAUCUACUAAAUAAUAAUUACGUUGAAAACUCACAUAAUUAAAAUGUUUAUAAAAAAUUCAAAAAUAGCUCAAAUAAUUUAGGAAUUUUACCACAUCUUUAAAAAGCAAAUAUUAGUUUUCUGAAUAAAUUUCAAGUCUCUACAAAUAUUUUCAACUGAAUUACAAUAAAAAAACAAAAUUGUAAAUAAGUAUUUUAAUGGAACAAUAUUUCUGGUAGAAAACAUAAGUUGCAAAAAUUAAAAACAAUGAAAUCGGCAAUGUUGCGGUGUGUCGUAAAUAUUUGCCGUUUUACCUAUAAUCUUCUUUCCGGGUUUUUCCAAUUAUUUGGAAAAUCUUUUGGAAUAUAAAAAAAUUGACCUUUCCAAUGCACCAACUAAAUACAAUGUCCUUUCAGAAAAGGUGCUACACUUUACACUAAUAUAUUUUCAUAGAUUUUGUAAAUUUACAAUUAAAAAAAAUGAAAAUAAAAAUAUAUUAUAACUGUAAAUAUGUAUAUUGUAUAGUGUAAAUGAUACGCUGGAAAUUAAUUAUGAAAAUAAAUGUAAUUGAAUACCGUUGUCACUUCUUGGUAUCUUUGGACGUAUAUUUUACAAUCAGGAAAACGUGAAUAAAAGACAAACAUAAAAGUACUCAUAUCGUUUUAUGAAGACUAUUAUUGCAUAUUCAGAUAAAUUUUAAAACAAUAAUACAUAAUUCAAAUAAAAAAUACUAUCUAAAUGUUUUGUGGCCCAAAUUCGAAACAUUAGCCUUUUUUCAAGGUGCAAAAUUUAUCGUUAUCGAUUAUUUUCUUUAUUUUUUGUCAGUAUUUGGUUCGUACCUUAUAUUUUUUAAAUAUACAAUUGCGGUCAGUGGAGCUGCCUGUGGCAACCAAAUUAUCAAUAUAAAGAAAACAGAAAUCUGUUUUUCAUUUAUUCGUUUAUUUCCAUUUGUUCAAGAAAGACCAGAAAUCAAUACAAAUAAAUUCAAAUAUGCGUAUCCAUAUUUUAUAUGGGUGUAAAUCGUAAAAAAUUGACGUGCAUGGUGACGAUAAUUUAACGCCAUCAAUCAUUGUCCGCCUUUGAUUAUGUUGAGCCUUAUUUUGUACUACUUUUCGAUUAUUGUCAUUUAUGGAAUCUUUUAAAUGAAGUUGCUUAAAAAUAAAUAAUAAAUGAAAAAAAUAAUACAAUUUGUAUGGUAUAUUGCUGAUAUUUAUUUAAAUUAAUACCAGUUUUAAAAUAUUCUUUUAAAAAAACUAUAAAAUAAUCUAAUCUUUUAUACUUUAUUAUAGCAAUUAUUUUAUUAUACACAUAGUAUGUAAAUGCGUUUAAAAUUUAUUUAAACAUCAUGAACCUAAUAAACGAGAAGAAACGAAUAAAAUAGGGUUUUAUAUUAAUAAUAAUCACGAUUUCGCCAUUUAUUAGAAAUUUGGAUUCUACCUUGCCAUUAUAUAUUAUGUAUUUAAUGUCUUAUAUUAACCUUGUACCUUAUUUGACAUUUGCCCAUUGGAUAUUUUCCAAAAAUAAAUUUUUUUAAAGUCUUAGAUAAAAAAAGUAAGAAAAUAAUACAGAUUUAAUAAUGAAAGAUCAUAAUUAUAAUUGUUUUAAAAUUGGACACAAAUCAAAUUUUGUAACAACAAUUUAUUUAAAGUAUAAAUCACUUAUAUGGGCGUUAAGUUGAAUUCAGGAUUAUUCUUGAUAAUUGUACUACCUAAUAACAAUAUAGUUACAAAAUUACACAAUAAUGAUAGUUGUGCAUUUUCGUUGUACAUUUUCUGUAUAGAUUUUGGAAUUGAAUAAUAAAUAUUUCUAAUUUCAAUUUGAAUUGCGUCCAGUAUUGAAUUUUUAAAUUGAUUUUGCUUUUCUAAAGUUUAUAAUAUUGUAAUAUUUAUAUAAACCUAAUACAUAAUAUGUUUAAAACAUUGUUUUUAUGUUUUUCUUAUUUAUGCAUAGAGUUGAGCAAUUGGAUGGUGGAUUUUUUGAACGUUACGGUUCCGGUUUAAAAGACAAUUUUAUAGAAGACACUAUUAUUGCCGAAAAAGACAAAUUCGCUACUCUCAACACUAGAGAAAUUUUAGAUGUCUACAAAGACACGGAAACCCGGACUCAAUUAUCAUAUAAAGAGUUAUUAUCAUCAUUGUUGGAAUUGAAUGUAAGUACAUACCCAUGUAGUUGUUAAUUUUUUUUUUUUUAAUUUGUCCUGAGAUAUUAAUAGUAAUUAAUAGAAGUCGCAAUGUUCGAUAAUAUAAUAUUAUAAUCUAUAUGAUUAUAUCACAAUAAUCUCAACUGCUAAAAGUAAAAGGACAUUGGUACAGUCAGACUAUGUAUACAACUGUAUACAUAGUCGAUAGAUUUUAUGUAGUUUAAUUAUUAUUAAUCAACUUUAGACUUGGUCAACCUUUUUCUAUAUAGCAUAUUCGCAUCGUAUCGUAUACUUACUAUUAUAAUUUAAAACUAUAUAUACCUAUACGGUAUUAUAUUAUUUUUUAAACUUUAUCUAUGCAAUAAAAGCAAUUCAACUGAAUUAAAUUUAAUUAAUUUCUAACUUACAGUACAAUAAUAUUGUUAUCAGCGGUAUUGGUAAAUAUUACAAUAUUACAAUAACACCACUAGGUAUACAACACAACUUAUAUAAUAUGAUUAUUGAUAAUAUAUAAUAUAAUAUGAUAAAUAUAAUUGAUACAACAAAAAAAAAAUAAAUGUAAUUAGACAUUGAAAUGUUCACAGGGAACGCUAAAGUAUGUCAGUUAUUAUAUACAUUUUUUAAGAUAUUUAAUUUUGUAUGGUAAAUUUCGAUUUGACUUUGAUAUUUGAUAUAGUAUUCACUGGGAAUUUUUUUUUUUGUUUAAUUUUGUAUGAUUUCUUUAUGCUUUUCAAUGGGAAUGUUUACUUUGCUUCUUGACUAGCAUUAAAACUUUUAAAUGGUAAUUUUUCAAUGUUAGUCAAUAAAUAUUUUCACCCACUCGAAUACUGGAUAAUGUCAAAUAUGCCGCUGAAUAAACCAGCCAUAACAUUAUAUUUUAAACUUUAAAACUGCUCCAGCUUACAAUCUUGCUAAAUAUUUAACUUUCUCAUAAAAAAACAAAAAUUAAUUAUGAAUACUGAUAUUUUUAUAAAAAACGCUUAUGAUUUUAUUGAAAAAAUUAAUAAAAUUAAUAUUGAGCCAAGUUAUAAAAUGAUUUCUCUUGACGUCAAAAAUGUAAUACAUCCAUUCCUAAACACGAAACAGUGUAUUUAAAAAAUAAAUAAACUUAGACAUGGUAAUAAAUUGAAUACAAUCGAAGUACAAGGAGUUAUUCAAAUAAUAGAAAUAAUUUUAAUUUAAAUACUAUUAAAAAAAAUGAUUUUAAAAAUAAUAUCAUAUGUUAAUAUAUUUUAGAUAAUACAUAAUAAUUAAAAACCAAAUAAUUUAUAUUGCUUACCAAUAACCCAUUUUAAAUAAUUGCUAAUAUGAAAAUAAAUUAUUUCUAUAUAAAAUGUCAUAAAUAAUUAUUACAAAUUUGUAUUAAUUUUUUUUCUAUAUAUUCCUUUAUUUAAUUUUUUGAUAUUCAGUCGCGUUUUACAGUUUGAUUGUGAUAUACCUAAUGAUGAAUUUUUAAUUCGAAAUUGGUCAUGUAAUACACUUAUCAUAAUACUCCAGACGACACAUUCAUUCAUUUAUUUAUUUUUUAUUUUUAUACAUACAUUUUUAUUUAUAAUAUUUUUUUAUAUUUAAUUAUUAUUUAAGUAUUUUUACUUGCCUAUUAAUUUUUUAAAUAGAUUCGAGUGAAAAAAAACAUGUGCAUCAUACAUCGUCAAGUAUUAAUUGAAAUGUAUAAAAUGUUAUACCAUAAAACGCAAUAAAAUGUCAAAUAACUUUUAAAACCGGAAAUUGUUUUAUCGCAAAAUUAAAAAACCAAUUUUAUUGAGAUUAUUAUUAUAAUAGUGUUUUCGUACAGUGGUGACCAGGACCUGAUACACGCAUAUGCAUGCAGUGCACAAAUACUGGGGCACCAAAUUCUGAGGGUCUUUUAGUCUUUACACUCUAUAAAAAAAAAUUCUAUAUCUAAAAGUUAAUUUUUGGUUGAUAUAUUACGAUUAAGUACUUACUUAGUAAGAAAUUAUUAUGUAACGAAAUGUAAAAGUAUUUUUGUAUUUAAUUAUAUUACGGAUCUAUUAGUUUCUGCACUUGAAUGCGUUUUUCUUCUUACACAAGAAAAAUUGGAUUUUUUUUACCAUUACUGUCAAUCAAUCAUUAUAUUACAAAACGUUUGAAGACACUAUUGCUGAAUUUUCAAAAAAACAAGAAAAAUAUGCGUAUAUUAACUUUAAAAAAGUGGUUGUAAUUUACAGAUUAAAUUUGUUUUUGGUAUACUUAACCUACCUCUCAAAUAUUUUGUUCUUUUUUUUUUUCUGUAAAAAUUGCACGUAUCUGAUUAUUUCAAUUGCAUACGAUAGAAUUGAGAACGGAAUACGGAUCCUUUUCACUAUUACAAUUGCGUAAGUUCUACCUAUCCAAAUUUAAUGCAUCGUUGCCGUUGCAUGUUCACAAACUUUGAUUAACUAUUCUUUAAAGUACCUAUAGUUUUAAAACGUAAUUGUGACAUUGUUUUCAUGACUACUAUUCCAACACUGAAGUUAUCCAAAAAAAUAACCGCAUAUAAUAUAACUACAUAUUUGCUCAAUCUUAAAUAAAUGUGAUAUAUUACAUUUUUUUUCUGCAGGGUCUGUUUAUCGAUACCAAGGUUUUACAUUAUAAUUUAUAUUAGUUUUUAAUUGACUACUAUUGGCUUUUAUUCAAUAGUGCCUGAUAAAAUAUAACUUAAAAUAAUUUUUUAUUAAUUCACGCAUAAUUUUUACUAAACAGUUAAUUUAUUAUAUUCACUAUAGCCACUAGAUAUUCGUAUGUUAUACGUUCACAUAACAAUUUUGUAUAUGCAUAAUAAAUAAAUUAAGUGGCACAUGUUGGCAACGUUGCACUCAUUUUUGCACGCAAUCGUAAUAUUUUUAAGAGCCAGGUACAGAAAUCAUACACAGUCGUAUAAACGUACGCAAUAGGGCUAACAAAAGGGACAAACAUACGUAAUCGUAUAUCACCAAGAAUUACAAUAAAAAAACUAAAUCGAAAAUAAUAAAACUUUUAUUGCCUUAAAUUUGUACGUUUUUCCUAUAACUACGUUUGUUCCCAAUUAUUAAAAAAACUAGAAAAAAGAAAAAAAGUGGCUUUCUCAAUGUACCAACUUGAUCCAAAUGUCACACACACGAUCUCUUGUCAUUUUUUUAUCGAUCAAGAUUACUGGUUACUGGUAUCAACGUUGUUUACAAACAGAAAAGAAAUAAUUAAAAAGCGCACAUCAUAAUAAAACCAAUACUUAUUUUCUUCGCUGCGCUCUAAAUUUGUAAGAUAAUCCAACUUUCUUAUUUUAAGGACGUAACUCUUGUAUGAGCCACACUUCUUUAAGGGCUAACUCACAAAACGUAAUCUAUAAUUUUACCUUCACGUAGUUAACAAAUGAUGAAAGCCAAAGUCCGAUGAGUGGUCCGUGAAUGAAAAACAUGUAAAAACUUGAUAUAUUCGCUUCUAUAGUUUAAGAAUGUUUAAUUUUCCUGACGUUACUGGUAUGGGUUUAAUGUACCAAUUAUUUUAAACAGUUCAAUAAUUAUUAUUGCACAUUGUAAUCAUGCACUACGGCCUUUCCUAUAUUAUCUAUACUAUUUAAUUAACUGCAAUAUGGCAUUGUGUAUAAUUUAUUGGAUUUAUAGAAUGCAUGAGAAAUAUUUUACCGGUAAACAAGAAACUGCCAAUUUAUAAGAAAUAAACAAUAGAACAGUAGACAGUUAUUUUAAUUUAACGUUAUUUUAAAAAAUAAUAAUGUAAGAUUCUUAAGUUUUUGUAUUGAUAUCGUGAUGGAAAUUAUUUACAUAAUAUUUGUUGGAAUUUAUUUAAAUCCCGAAAAACAGGUAUGCUGUGAAACCAUUACACCACUUACUUACCUACCAGAGAAAUACUAAAAUUACGUAAUACGUAAACUAAUGGGCGGACGUUUCUUAUUUUAUACAAAAUCGACUGACCAUCGGAGGAAUAUAAUUCAAAAUAAUUUAAAAAAUUUAAAUUUCUUUAGUUACACAUUUAUUCCGAGUAUCGAUAACUUAAGUCAUGUUAAUAAUUGGAAAAGAUUUAUGGUUUUGUAAAAAACAAAAAUUAUACCAACAAUCAUAAUUGGUUUUUAUUUUCCAAUAAAAAUAAAUAAUUUAAUCUAAUAACGUAUAAUUUUUGUCUGAGACCGAUAAAAACAUAUUUACUAUACAAAAUAUCUAUCUGAUCCUUGUGCAUGUCUAGAAAAAAAACCCGAUUAUUACGAGUAAAAAUAUUUGAUUACCGCUGUUUAAAUAUUUUCUUAUAACAAUGAAUUACAUUUUUAAAUACCCAAACCGUUGAGUAUUAUGGUAGAUAUUUCAAAUAUUUUUUUUCUUCUUUUAGUAAAGUCUCUAUUUCUUUGAAAUUAAUAGGUACAUAAUAUUACACCAAAAACAACAUCAGUUUUAAUUUAAAAGCGAAAUACACAUUUAAAACGUAGAUACCUGUGCAUCGUAUGAUUUAACUAGAUAACUUUUUGAUUUGCAAAACACGAAAACUAUCACAUUCGAGGCCAUAAUCGAGAGGGUUCGGGUUUUUUAAACUCUUCCCCCUACUUGUAUUUUGUUCACGUUAUAUCGAAUAGAAAAUAAUUCCGUGUAUCCGUAUUCGUCCUUGGUUUUGUACUGUAUAUAGUGACAUUAUAAUGUAUAUAGAAUUCAAUUUUUAAGUUUUAUUAAUACUUAAGUCUAUACAGGUACUUAACCGUAAAAUGAUGAUUCAAAUUUUCUAACUUUCUCCCCACCGCAUUCACAUCGCGAAGUUUUUUCUCGUUAAAUGUGAUCUUGAUCUUUAAAAAUAAUAAAUUUUCAUUUGGACGGAAAUGUCGAAAAUAUAACUUAUACCUACUCGUUCAGAAAUACAGGCAAUUCUUUUACAAAAUGUGAUGAAUAUUAGCGUGAAAGUGUGCGUCAAAACUUUGAAGAACGAUUGGUCUGUAAUUAGCAUGUAUGCUUACAGUUAGCGCCGGAACAUCAAACACUGUCUUUUUUUGCUUUUUUCAUCUAUAUUUAAUUUAACCGGACGUCCGGAUAGUAUUUGAGUUGUGUUAAUGAACUGUCCUUAUAAAUAUUAUUAACUAUCUGAUUUUGCAAUUAAAUAUUGUAAUCAACUUUACGUUUAAAUUACGUCAUAAUAAUAUUUACGUUUCAAUAUUAUUGUAUAUUCAUUUUAAAUCGAUAAGAUCAAGUAUAUUAAUAAUAAAUUAAAAUUGAAUACGAACAUUCGAAUGGGAAAUCGCGUUUAUGUAAUUAAUCGUUCUAUAAUUUAAUAACAUAAUUUGACGUUUAUCGAGAUUCACAUAAUAGUAAUAAAAAAAAUACAAAUUUAAAAAACUAAACAUUAUAAACUAUACGGGGGCGGAGUUUGGUUUAGGUCACUGUUUGGCACAAUAGCAGAUAAACACAGAAAUAGCACAUUUGGCUUCAACGGCACACGCGUACGAUUUAUCUUUAGAAGUGCUAUUUCAUCCGAGUGUUCAGCAACACACGGUAUAUUUUCAGUCUCGGAUAACAAAUUCUCGUUCGCCGAAAUUUUAUAUAAAAACAAUUAAAAAUGAAGUCCAAUUUUAAAGCGAAACAUUUUAACUUUAGGGGUGUUAAAAAAGAAGAGAUGCAAAGGAGGAACGAAAUUCAAUUACAGUCCAUGACUGUUGGUAUAAUCAAAUAUUUAAUUAAUACAAUCAAAUAUAAUAUCUCUAAUAUUUUGUCUACAACUAUUACAGUGAUGGUAUAAUAUACAAAUCAUUUUGUGUUACAGAUCACAGAACUAUAUGAAGAAGUAUUACACGAAAUAUUGCAUUGUAUCGGGUCGGAAAAAAACGGUUUGAAUCAAGAAGAUAUAAUCGCGUUCGCUCAAAAAGCUUUUAAAAUCGAACAGGCUACUCAUGAAACCAUAUAUCAAGAAGUCAUUGAAAAAGAAGUGAGUAUAUUAUAUUUUAUUUGAAACAAAGCACCAAAAAAGUAAAAGUAAAUCAUCACUUAUUCAUUAUCAUUCAUAAUAACUUACUAUUAUUUUCGGAAGGCUCCUAACAUUAUGUUAAACAUUGAAGUCGUAGAAGGUAAAGACAUUAAACCUAAAGACGCCAAUGGCUUUAGCGACCCAUUUUGUACGUUAUUUCUGUCUUCCACCCCACAACACAAAUAUAAUACGUCAGUUAAAACCCAAACUUUACGGCCAGUCUGGGAAGAAUACUUUUCGCUGUAUGUACAAUUAUUUGUUUGACUACAAAACCGAAUGUAAUAUUAUUAUAUUCACAACAAUUGUUCAUAUUAUAGGCCGGUGGAGACUUCUGCCGCCAACGACAUUUUGUGUGUGGAAGUUUGGGAUUUUGAUCCAGCAGAAACGGUGAAGGAAAAAGUCACAAAGGUCGGUGAUAUCAAAGGAUUUAAAGGAAUGAAGAGAUUCAUGAAAGAAAUCGCGGUAACAGCCACGAACGGCAAACACGACAAUGAAAUCAUUGGUGGUACGCUGAUACCCCUUAAGGUAAGAAUAAUUAUUGUGAUAUAUAUAUUUAAUGUUUUUUAUUUCUUAUGAGACGAGAUCCUUACACAUCAACAUUUUGUCAUUAUACGCGACAGACAAUACCCACACGAGGACAAACGGCUUGGUACAAUUUGGAGAAAAAGGGUAAGGGCAAGCCACAGGGAAAUUUAUUGUUGAAGCUAUCGUUUGGCAGUGAAAAAAACAAACAAGUGGCCGCUCAAGAACACAGACAUCUGUUGAGAGUAUUGUUGACUCACCAAAUGAACGUGCAAAAGGUAAUUUUUUUUUAAAAUUAUUAUUAUUACUCUACAUUCGAGAUAAAUGUAUACCGUCAUUAUCACCUGUAUUUUAGCCGGACUUCUUUUCGUGGAUGGGAGACUUUUUGCCGCAGUCGAGUUUGAUUAUACAACAGCACGUGGCGCAGAGUAAUAUUGGUCCCGUCGACGAGUAUUUGGGCCAGUGGAUAGAAUUUAUUAACGCUCACGCUCUAAGUCCAGUGGUCAAUUUUAAAGUAUUUUCGGAUGUGUUGGAUAGUUUAGUCAAGCCCAUCACCAUGGGACAGUUGUCCAAUGAAGAGGUUAAGAUUUCUUUGUUUUUUUUUUCUUCGUGUAUGUUUUUAUAUACCACGCAAGUGGAGUCAGUUACCUAUUAUCCUCUACCUUUACAUCUCCUUAUAUUCAAUACCAUUUUUUCAUCUACUAUACAUUUCCUAUUAUAACAUCUGGCUUCCCAAAUCUACACUAAUCUCACCUCUGACUAGGAAUUGCAUUGUUUCUUCUACGUCUGUACCAUCUCAAUUAAUUUUCUUUAAUUUUCUCACUAGAUCACUAGAUACUAGAUUCUCAUAUAUUUAUUGUUAUUUUUAUAAUCCUAUCCAACCUUAUUUUGAUAUAAUACGUAGUUAUAUAAUAACAAUGCUUCACCUUGAUUUUUAGUUGAAAAUGUUCUGGCAAUCUGCUAAGAAAUUACUGCCAUUUUGCUACAACUCCAUCAGAACAAUCCGAAAAAAAUCGCCAGAUGAUGAACAAUUACUUAUCCAAAUAGAACACGUUCUAAAGUAAAGAUCAUUGAUUUUGUCUAAUAAAACCAUCAUGUUGUUGUUCAACAUAAAUAGGUGAUACAUAGGUUUUGGUUUUUAUUUUUUUAGUAUACUACGGAACCUUCUAGUUUUCGAAUUGCCGAACGAUAUGGAUCUAUUUCCAUCGGACAUUUACGGUUGGUUGUUACCAUGUGAACACACCCGAGAUAUAAGAAGUACUUUGCAUGACGCAGUUGUUCAGGGCGCGGUGGACUGGUAAUAAGCAAUAAUUUUAUUAUUACUUUAAAUUCUAAGAAAAGCGAGAAAUUAGGUUUACUAAAAUAUAUUUUCUAGCAAUUUUUAUUUUUUAAUUUACCAAUUUUUUUAUAAUAAAGUAAAAACAAAAUUAUUAAAAUGGUUAAUACUCGUAAAUAAAUAAAGUAAAUAAAUAUAUACAUUUUUUUUAUUUAUAUAUUUAUUUACUUUAUCAAUUUUUUAUGUGUCAUAGCAUAUUUCUUUUGUUAUAUUUUCAGGCACGUACAUAUAUUGGAAAAUAACAAACCAGAAGACUUUACAGAAGAAGGACAAAUGAAACUUCAACUGAAAAUAAUUCAACUUCUUAAACUAGACUUACAAAAGGCAGUUGAAUUUCAUAACAAGUUGUUCAUCAAGUAAGACAAAAUGUUUCUACAUCAGUAAAUAAUUUUGGUCAAAUUUACGUUAUCACGAUUUAUCAGUGCUGAUCUAUUUCUUUUAAAGGAAAACUCAAUUUCCGUACGCCAAUACGUUGUUUUCUAUAUACGAAUGUAAAAUAUCUGAAAUGUGUGAACCGUUCAUUACUCGUAUUUGCACGAACAUGAAACCAAUAAAUUUUGAAGAAAACUGCCGUUUCGAGGUCGAGAGAGAUCCUCUCGCGAUGGGAACAUCACUUUUCGAACUUUAUAUGGGCAUUAAAGACUUCACGGAGUAAUAAUAAAUAAUUUACCUACUUACCAUUUAUUUGUAGUGUUAUUGAGACUAAUUUUAACAAUUUCAUAGAUUGGGAAAAGUCGAAUGUAAUGCAGACUCCGAGACAAUUCAUUUGGCCAAGUACCAUUUGUGGUUUCAACAAGGAGUGGCUAGGUGGUUGGAUAUUGCCGCUUACAAAGCGAUGCAGCGUAUCGAAAGAGCUGUCGAUUUGGAUAAAUUAGUGAAAAUGGAUUCAACGUCCCAACACAGUUCAUCGGCUGUAGACACAUCGACCAUCUUUUAUCAGAUCAAAAUUUUUUGGCAACAACUCGCGUGGCCUGACGCCGAAGGUUCAUAUUCGUUUGUGGCAAAGAUAAUCGACGACAUUUGUAGAUGUUCGGUGUAUUAUUCGGAUAAGAUGAGCUACAAAGUCAACUACCGUAUCACAGGAAUUGAAAACAAAAGAUUCGAAGUCACUAAAGAGGUAAUAACGACUCGUACAAUUAGUCUUUAAACUAUUACAAAACAUGACUUGGUUUUUAAUAUCCUCCAGUGGUGCUUGGCCGUGAAUAAUAUUGAUUACGUGAAACAAUCAAUUCGUCCGUUUGUUAACGAUUUGGGCCUGACACAAUUGAUGAACAAUUUGGCGAGCUACAAGAGUGAGAUUUCAGCUGAUCACUGUAAAAAAACACUAGAUUUAGUUGUGGACAAUGCAAUCGAUACCGUAAACAAUAAAAUCAUAGACCUUUUACAGACGGUCGUGAACAAAGUAUGUCGACAUUAUGUUAACUUAGAUAACUUUAAGAGUUAAAAGUAUAUAGUUGUCAUUUUUUUUUUUUUAGAUGUCGCCAGAAAUGAAUAAAUUUUUGAUCGAAGGUGGUGAAGUCAUUAACACGAACAAUACUCAUUUGGAUAAUUUAAUGCAAUAUUUGGAUGAAAAUCUUUGUACGUUGAGUAGUGAACUCAAUGAAGAAAAUUUCCAACGUAUACUCAACAUUAUAGUGGAUCAAAUUGCGAAUAUAAUGUUUGCACUCAUCAAGAAUAAUUUAGAGGUAUUUGGAGGUUUAUAAUAAAUUUUAAUAAUAAUUAUAUUUAUUAAUUUAUAUCUUUUAAUGUUGUUGAUGUGAUAGAAAAAGAGACCUCCAUCAUAUUUUAGGAAUCUUAGAGAUAGUUUUUACAUGUUGUUUGGAUUUUUACGAAAAGACAAUGAAACAGAAAAUAAAAGUGAAAUGAUUGAAAAGCUCGAAUCAUUGUUGCAUUUGCACACGUUAGACACUGUAGACCUAAUACAUGAAUACUAUUUAGAAAGACUCCGCGGACAGAUGGAAAUGGAACAGGCUAACGAAGGAAUGUUAACCGUCAAAUUAAUAUUUAUCAACGACGUUCUUAAAGUAGACGUGUUAAAUGCGAAUAAAAUUAAGGCGAUGGAUUCUAACGGUACACGAUAUAAACUUAAAUACAAUAUAGUAAACCAGUGUUGUUUUGAAUGGUGUAACUUUGUUUUCAGGUUUCAGUGAUCCGUUUGUCAAAGUACGUUUGUUGCCCAAAGAAAAAUUUCAAAACAUUAACAAACCGACAACAGCAGUGCAUAAAAAAACGUUAUACCCUUUGUUCGACGAGUGUUUCAAAAUGUUCGUAUUGCUAUAAUAGUUAAUCUUCUUUUUAGUAUACGACUAUUAAAAUUGAAAUUUCAAUUAUUUUCGGCUACUUAUUAAUCCUGUCCAUCACCUAAUCGUGAUAAUUGAUUCCCGGUUUCAAUCUUUCUACACUACUUAUCCCUCGAUCUUCUAAUACGUUCACCUACUAGAGAUUUCUUCCAAGCAUUACCUGCCGAUUGUAGUCACCUUUUCACGAUUAUUUCUGAAAUCUUAAACAACUCGCUGAGUUCACUUUUUUGGACUCUCUAUUCUCUUGUAUUUUCAUUCUAACAAGGUUCGAGGAUACUCCUUAUACUUCUUAAUUAUUUUCCUUCAAAAAUAAAGUUUUGUUCGAAUUUGCGUAAUGCCCAUAUUUUACAUCCGUAAACAUAGUUUACACAAAUUUGAAUAAUAUGUAUUAUACUAUCUUUUGUUAUUGUUAAAUUGUUUACAGUCCACUUACACCGGAACAACGCGCCGAAGAAAAUGGUGUAGUUACGUUUAUAUUGAAAGAUCAAGAUUUUAUGGGCAUGACUGAUGAGUUCAUAUCCGAAGCAUUUGUACAUUUUAACGAAAUUCCAUCGGUACAGUUGGAAAACGACACGGGUAAUAUACCUCAAAUUAGAUUGAAGUUGACGUCACCAAAAUCUUUAGGUAAUUCAUUUUUGAUUAUGAUAUAUUUUAUUACGUUGGUAUUACUAUAAUAAUUUUUUUAAAAUUAUUUGUAUGCAAUAGAUUCAAAAAUUCUCAAAACCCUCGACACCAGAACAACAGACAAAUUGGCCAAAGAAUUUCUUAAACGAGAAAAAAUUAAAAUCGCAGCAGCAAAUUCAACACCGAAAAAAUGACUAAAGUCCAUCACUGGACGAAUUAAACGCAAUACGUCCACGUUAACACGGAAAUUGAAAUUUUCGUGUUGAAAAUUUGAUUUGUUUACAAUGAGUUUUUUUUAACAAAUUUUAAUUUAACAUACAAAUUUAAAAGUAAGACUGAAAUAGGGUUGACGUUUUUUACAUAUUAUUCUCUAAACAAUAUAUUAGUAUAUGGCUGUGUUGCAAUAUGAAAAAAACGAGACUUUAUGAAAACGUUUUUGUGCUUUUGCAAAAAAAAAAAAAAAGUAAUAAUUUAUCACUGAAAAAAAAAAACUUAUUUUAUAUUAUAUUCCUUUAGUAUUUUAUAUAAUUUAUUUAUAUAUUAAGAUUAUAAAUAUAUGUUCUAUCGUAUUGUAACCAAUUAUGGAGUCAAUUAUUUACUGAGUAAAAUAGUUUAAAUAUCAACAUUUUAUAACAAUAAAUUAAAUAAGUAUUACAUUUUUAUAAUAAAAAUUAAUUUUAUUUUGAUACAUAAAUGAUAAAUUACAUCUUGGAAAAUA